AGUAGUGAGUAGAGAAGGGAAGAAGCGAGGGCGAGAGCGAGAGCCAGGCAGACGGAGAACGAGCGGCGGAGAGAGAGAGACCGCAGAAGGGAAGAAGGGAGGAAGGCAGGCAGGCAGCCGGGCCGGAGAGGCGGAGAGGCGGUGGGAUUUCCAGCGGAGAGACCCUCGGUUCCAAGAGAAGGAGGAGGAAGCAGCACCACCCUCUUCUUCCUCUCCUCUUCUUCCUUCGGACUCCUUCCCGGAGCGGCUUCUCCGCCUCCUCCUUCUUCUUCCUCCUCCUCCUUCGGGACUCGCGUGUUUUUCCUCUGCCCUCGGCGUUGCCUUUUCCUCGCAGGCGCCGACCCUCUUUCCCCCCUCUUAUUCUGGACCCCGAGAAGGGGAAAAACCCCUUCAAGAGAGAGAGACACACACACAGACUGGCCAAAAAGGCACAGGAAGCGAAAUACCAUCCAAAGAAGGAGCAGAGGUUGGCCAAGAGGGAUCCAGAGGGGCCAGUCGCAUUAAUACUAAAAUCUCCAUCAUCAUUAAUUACCUAUAUCCUUUGAUAUAGAUAUGAUAUAAUUAUUUUCAAGGCGGUGAGCCCUUCAAGACUUUGGAAGCGCGUGGAAGGUGGAACUCGGCUGGAGAUUAUUAUUAAUUUAUUAUUAUUAUUAUCAAUUAUUAAUAAUUAAUACUGCAUACGAUGGUGAAGAAUUAAGAACCGAGUGGCAGAACUUCAGCGAGUGGAAGGUGGAGCUCGACUGGAAAUUAUUAUUAAUUAUUAUUAUUAAUUAGUACUGCAUACGAUGGUGAAGAAUUAAGAACCGAGAGCCAGGAAGACUUCAGCGAGUGGAAAGUGGAGCUCGACUGGAAAUUGUUAUUAAUUAUUAUUAUUGAUUAUUAUUAUUAAUAAAUACUGCAUACGAUGGUGAAGAAUUAAGAACCGAGAGCCAGAAAGACCUCAGCAAAGUGGAGCUCGACUGGAGAUUAUUGAUUAUUGAUUAUUAUUAUUAUUAAUUAAUAUUGCAUACGAUGGUGAAGAAUUAAGAACCGAGAGCCAGGAAGACUUCAGCGAGUGGAAAGUGGAGCUCGACUGGAAAUAAUAAUAAUAAUAAUAAUAAUAAUAAUAAUAAUAAUAAUAAUAAUAAUAAGGCACGUUAUGGGGAAGAGUUAAGAGCCGAGAGGCAGAAGAAUCGCCCAAGGAGAGGACGCGCUUGUUGAGCCAGCCAACCCCUAAGGAUUGUCCAUACGCAUAUACAUUAUAUUCUAUAUAUAUAUAAUUAUUAUUAUUUUUAAGGCGGAGCAGAGGGGUGAGCCCUUCCAGAUCUCAACGCGCGGAAGGUGGAGCUUGCCUGGAGAGAGACAGAUAUAUAUAUACUGUAUAUUUCCAGAGCUGUCUCUGCGCCGAGCCCUGGCUGGAGAGCCUUGAAGCCUUGAAGCCGAGGCAAGCUCGGGUCUCUCUCUCUGCCGCCGCCGCCUCCGUGGCUUCGGGCCCCGCCAUCCGCGAUUCCUCUCUCUCUCUCUCUCUCUCUCUCUCAAUUCGGGCGGCGGCGGCAGAAGAAGAAGGAGGAGGAGGAGGAGGAAAGGGGAGAAGCCGGAGAGAGAAGAGAAGCCGCGGAAAAGGAGGAGGCGGAGCAGCCCUGCGAUGCCGGAGUGAGCUGGAGCCACUGACGGGGAGGAAAUAUAUAUACAUCCAUCUCCUGUUUGGUUUUCCCUUUUCCUAUUUCUUGCCAAUCUGGCUUUGAGAACUGGAAGCAGAGGAGGAGGAGGAGGAGGAGGAGGAGGAGGAGGGAUUGCCAACCCUUUUCUGCCUAUGCUGGGGAGAAGCAGCCAAAGAAGAAGAGGAGGAAGGAAGGAGCCCUCAACGUGGAGGAUAAGCUCCAGUCCAGGAUCGGUGCUUUGAAAACACAAAAUCAUUUGGAGUCCCAGCGUCAUCCAUCUCUUUGCUCAGCGCCGCUUUAGGAAUACAAAAAACAUUACUAUUUAUUGGCAACCAUGUCGGGAGACAUGUGGAGAUGGACCUGCCUGGUCUUGCACCUUCUCCUCUGUGCUAAGACGUUGCCUUCGGUUGCCAGGCAGCAGACUGCUCACCCAAAGAGGCCCUUCCUCAACUUCACUGUGGACAUGGCAGAAGUCUACUUCAACCACUUGGUGGUCGAUGAAAGAAGAGGGAGCAUUUACUUGGGGGCCAUCAACUGGAUCUAUAAACUCUCAGAGGACCUGGAGGUCCAGGCGUCCCAUCAGACGGGUCCGGAUAGUGACAACCCAAAGUGUUACCCUCCCAAGGUGGUCCAGCCUUGCAACGAACCCUUGAUAUCAACCAACAACAUCAACAAAAUGCUCCUCAUUGACUACAAAGAGAACAGGUUGAUCGCCUGUGGGAGUUUGUACCAGGGGAUUUGUAAAAUCUUCCGGCUGAAUGACCUCUUCAAGCUGGGUGAGCCCUUCCACAACAAGGAGCACUACCUCUCCGGGGUGAACGACAGUGGCUCCGUUUUUGGAGUGAUCGUCUCCUACCACAAUAUGGACGACAAGCUGUUUAUUGCCACUGCGGUGGAUGGGAAACCAGAGUAUUUCCCAACUAUCUCCAGCCGGAAGCUGCCCAAGAACUCGGAAGCAGAAGGGAUGUUUGCUUAUGUCUUCCACGAUGAGUUUGUGGCCUCCAUGAUCAAGAUCCCGUCGGACACAUUCACCAUAAUCCCCGACUUUGACAUAUACUACAUCUACGGCUUCAGCAGUAGCAACUUUGUCUAUUUUUUGACCCUUCAGCCUGAGAUGAUCUCUCCACCGGGUUCCACCACCAAAGAGCAGGUCUAUACCUCCAAGUUGGUCCGUCUUUGCAAGGAAGACACGGCCUUCAAUUCUUAUGUGGAAGUGCCCAUUGGUUGUGAGAAGAAUGGCGUGGAAUACCGAUUGCUUCAGGCGGCUUAUUUGUCAAAGGCAGGGUCCAUCUUGGCCAGGUCUUUGGGCAUCAGGCCGGAGGAUGAUAUCCUGUUCACCAUCUUCUCCAAGGGGCAGAAGAGGAAAAUGAAGUCUUUGGACGAGUCGGCUCUUUGCAUUUUUGUUCUGAAACGGAUCAACGACCGUAUCAAAGAGAGGUUGCAGUCCUGCUACAGGGGCGAAGGCACGUUGGAUCUGGCCUGGCUUAAAGUCAAGGACAUUCCCUGUAGCAGUGCACUGUUAACAAUUGAUGAUAAUUUCUGUGGCCUGGACAUGAAUGCCCCACUUGGAGUAUCUGAGAUGGUGCGAGGACUCCCCAUCUUCACAGAGGACCGGGAUAGGAUGACAUCCGUCAUUGCUUACGUCUACAAGAAUCACUCCUUGGCUUUCGUGGGCACCAAGAGUGGCAAGCUGAAAAAGGUGGAAACCAGAGUGGGCACCGCAGUUCACCUUAAGUGAAAUUUGGCAGUUGCCACUUAGACAGAACAUCCCAGCGGAUUCAGAAAGGUGCUAAAAGGGUUUCAGCAAGUCUGCUGAAAUUUCUCAAGUCAGCGUUGCAUAUCCCAAAAGACCGCCAAAGACUUUCUUGCAGGAAACAGGCAUACCAACCUACCAUCCCACUUUAUGCUUACAGUAACCUACCUUAAUGCAUUUGCAACAUUUCUUUUAACCUGUUUAUUCAAAUUCAAGCUAGAUCUCACAUGAAGUAGUACAAACUAGAAUGUUCCAGCUUUUCUCUGCCAUUAAGGUUUUUGAAUGAGAAAUUUCAGAUUAAAUUAGAAUGCGAAGUAUGCAAUCUUUAACUAAAAAACAGCAUGUUCUAGUCAAUUUGCACUUUGCAUUUGUUUUGCAUUUGGCAGGUCUGAAAUCUCUGAUGUCCUGUCAGCUCUAAUAACAGUUGCAAGUUAACUAUCAAGUCCUGUCAAAUACCCAAUCUCAUUGCAUGCUAUCAAUGAAAAAAGAGAAAGUAAAGACUACCCAUGGCAGAGAUUCAAUACUGCUACAGAGGUAUAUGAAAAUCUUUCUGGCUGGAAUCACGUUGCUGUCAUUGAUAUGUAUAAAGCUUCCGUACAAACGUAGUUGCAGGGACCAUACCUGCCAAUAUUUCACAGAUGGAACUGAAAAACAUGACCAAAACAUUGGAGUGGGGUAAAGAUGGUAAAAAUUACGUUUGACAAAAGACAUAAAAGCUAAGAGAGGCUGCAGCAGUUUGCUUGUGUCUGGCUUUACUGGAAAGGGCAAGACUUCUCUUCUGCUCUUUUCUCAUCCCAGUUGAGUUCAGAGCAAAUUUCUUUUGUGUUUUGAACUCAGUUUAUAGAAAUUAGAGUGAACCAGGUAUGAAGGAGAAAAGUAGAAGUUGGGGAGAUAAAUUGGGACAUUUUAAAGUUAGCUGGCAAAAAUAGGAUGGUAGAUGAUUAAUUGAGACUGUAAAAAGGUAAAGGUAAAGGCUUUCCCCUGACAUUAAGUCCAGUCAUGUCUGACUCUGGGGGGUUGGUGCUCAUCUCCAUUUCUAAGCCGAAGAGCCAGCGUUGUCCGUAGACACUCCAAGUUCAUGUGGCCGGCAUGACUGCAUGGAGCGCUGUUACCUUCCCGCCGGAGCGGUACCUAUUGAUCUACUCAUAUUGGCAUGUUUUCAAACUGCUAGGUUGGCAGAAGCUGGGGCUAACAGCAGAAGCUCCCGGCGCUUCCGGGGUUUGAACCUGGGACUUUUCGGUCUGCAAGUUCCGCAGCUCAGCGCUUUAACACACUUCGCCACCGGGGCUUCAAUUGAGACUGUAGAGUGUACAAUAUCCCAGAAUGCAAACCAGAAUGCCUCACCUUUGCAAACCAGAUUCUAAUUCCAGUCUACGAUUCUGGGCUGCAAGCCAGAACUCACUUUACCUCCACUUGUAAUGCAGAACAGUUCCCAGGUUGUAAACCAGAAUGCCUUUUCAUGGACUAUUUUCUCAGGCUGCCACAAAAAUCUACAGUCUAUCCCCACAUUCCCAAGGUGAGAACCAGAGUUCAGUUCCACGAAGCACAAUUUCCAGCUUUUCUUUGUCAUCAGUAUUGUGGUCCUCGUUGUCACUAGUUUGGUGGUCACACAAAAAACAGCAGGCUGGGUAGGGAACUUUUCUAGGCCGCAUUUAGAACCUCAUCCGAUGCAAAGUUCCUCCAGUUUCUACACACUUUUGAAACAUUUUACAAACAGAGUCCCACAGAGCUCAUCAUACGAUGCAAAACUACUUCUCCUGAUCGGCUUGUGGGACUCCAUCUGUAAACUGUUUCAAAAAUGUGUAGAAAUGGAGGAUUAUGGAGUUGGAGAGCAAUUUAUUUUAUUAUUUAUUUACAGCAUUUAUAUUCCGCCCUUCUCACCCCGAAGGGGACUCAGGGCGGAUCACAUUACACAUAUAGGCAAACAUUCAAUGCCUUUUAACAUAGAACAAAGAUAAACAAACAUAGACUCCAAGCGGCCUCGAACUCAUGACCUCCUGGUCAGAGUGAUUCAUUGCAGUUAAUUGCAGCUGGCUUGCUCUCCCGCCUGCGCCACAGCCAGUCUUAAGAGCUCUGAAUUCAUGUGGAAAUGGCUGAAGACUACACUACUCCAUGGAAUAGUUCGGAACAUGGAAGAUAACGGUAGAAAUUGACAAAAUUUUGUACAUUGCGUGUGAUGGGAGUGAAUAUAUUACCCAUUUUCAUUAUAACCACAAUGCAAUAAAACAUUUCAGUAAGAAGAUGAUUCCUACACGUUUCCCCCCUAAUGGGAUGAGAUCCCUAGCCCUUGAGUGAGGAAUUCCUUGCAUCAGAUGCAAAGAAUAACUGAAAAGCUCGGAGCAGUAGGUCCUGGUAAGACAUUGGACUUUAUCACACAAAUAGGGUAAACUGAAAUUGCAGCAGAAUGGAGCUGCAUAAUGUCAUGUAUCUUCCAUAGUCACAUUGAGUUGAAUUGUUAUUGAAUUGUAUAUUUUUCCUAAUGAGAAAAGCCCACCAAUGAAUCCAAUAAUAAUAACAAAAUAUAUUCUACCCUUUUCCCCAAGGAGACUCAGAGUGGAUUACAGUAUAUAACAAACACAGGUAAACAUUCAGUGCCUGGUUACGCUGAGACAUACAUACACAGACAAAGGUAAAGGCUCCUCCUUUCAUUUCCGGCUGGAAGCGGUGCCCAUCUCUGGCUGUGGUCACCUCCUGGUCGUGUGGUCAGCAUGACUGCUUGAAGCAUCUUUUUGCCUUUUCCCACCGAAGCAGUACCUAUUUAUCUACUCACAUUUGCAUGUUUUUGAACUGCUAGGUUGGCAGGAGCUAGGGCUGACAACAGGAGUUUACUCUGUCCCACAAAUUUGAUCUGCCAACCUUCAGGUCAGCAGUUCAGCAACACAAGGGUUUAAACCAUUGUGCCACCGUGGCCCCUGUUGUUUCCUCAAUAUUGCUGUUUUUCCAUCACUCUUCUUUGUAUGAUAAUGUCCGAAUCACUGCAGUUCCAAUAUUGCUAAAUGGAGGAGGAUCUUGUAAAAAUAUUGAAAUUCCACAACAAAAGGGAAAAUAGAAAAAAAACUCAGCAUGCACUGGGUAGGGCAGCAUAGAUAGGAAGUGUGACUGAUCAUGGAAUUCUUGUCAAUAAAGUGACAGCAUUGUGUAAUUGCAAUUGAAAGGUCAUUUCAGUAACAGUAAGUUUCCCUUUGCAUGAAGAAUGCAGUUGCAAUGAGACAGCAGGCUGGUGCGACAAAAUCCUUUGAGGAUAAUAUUUUGGGAUGUGAGUUCAUUUACUCACUCGACUUUUGCCAGAGCUUGUGUUAUUUCUUGCUCCUUGAGAAUAUAUCCAUGGAGUCAUGCUUGUGUAACCGGCAAUUCAUUAAGGCAGAGCAAUGCCAAUGUCCCGUUGGAUUUAACCUUCUGAAUAUUGCAUGCGCCUCAAUGCUUAAUGCAAACACAGAGGACCAAAGGAAUUCAGCCAGCUUCUAAAGCCUCUGUUUUGCUUCCCACAUAAAAGAUAAAGCGCUCAGUAGAAUAUUCCCCCUACUUCUGUCAAGUGAAGGGCAGGAAAGUCGAUUGUGCAGAGGCUUUGAGAGAGGUAAUGACAUGAAAUUAAGGAGAUGUAUUGAUGUGCCUUUGUAAAAAUGAAGAAAACACAGAUUCCCAGAACCCUUUGGGAAUCCACUCUCUGAGAAUCUUCUGAGCUUUCAUGGAUUUUCCCUUCUCUCGUUCUGUAAUUUCUGCCCAGGAGUCUAAAAUAUCCUUAGAGCUCCAGGGGAAGUUACUUCCUAGGAUCAAUGGACAUAAGGCAUUCAUGCUUAUUCACGGAGGAGAAGAUGGAUGUGAUCUAUCAUUACAGUUGUCACAAGAGAGCCAGGUUAUUUGACAGUUUGAUCCCACCGUGAUCAGAGCUCCUAACAGCAACAGACCUCAGAGGGAUGGAAAAACAAAAGGCUCCAUGUGAUCAUAUUAUCACUUUGUUGACCCCAAACUGAAUAGAAAGUGUGUGUAAAUAGGCCCCAUGGAAGAGAGAAACAUCUACAGAGUUGCAGGUGGGAUUGGUUUUGUUGUUAUGGUUUUCAUAAAGGAAGAUGCAAGUAUAAAAAUGCAGACAGAAAGAAUUUUCAUAAAAGAGAAGGAAUGAGCCUGUGUAUGGGGCACGCCGCGGGGCAGGGAUGUAAACGUUACUGAAAGUCAGACAGACAGUAGGGUUUCCAGUUCAGGAUCAUCCCAGAUGCUGGUUUUCUAUGCCAAAGUGUGAGACCUAGGGACAGCCAAGAGGUAUGAAAACAAUUGGGUUGUUGUAUGUUUUCCGGGCUGUAUGGCCAUGUUCUAGAAGUAUUCUCUCCUGACGUUUUGCCCACAUCUAUGGCAGGCAUCCUCGGAGGCGUGAGGUAACAUCUCUGAGGAUGCCUGCCAUAGAUGUGGGCGAAACGUCAGGAGAGAAUACGCUGGAACAUGGCCAUACAGCCUGGAAAACAUACAACAACCCUGUGAUCCCGGCCAUGAAAGCCUUCGAUAACACACCAAAACAACUGCUCAUAGUGUGCUGUGGAAACACACACUUGCAAAGAACACAAGUUCAUGUUUGAAAAGAUGGAAAUGUUUACUGUAAGGGGGCUCUUCCCACACUACAGGUUGAGUCACUUUUAUCUGGAAAUAAAAAAUACUCCAAAAGCUGAAAUCUUUUGCAGCUCGUAGCCCUCUUCCACAUUUGGGAGAAAUGGGCUGGGUUUUUCUUUGGAGAGCCCUUGCUCCACAUCUAUUGGAUAUUUGGAAAGAGAGAUGGAGAAAGGGGGGGGGUCUCCAUGUCCACACAGGGCCCCUGGGAAGGACAGACCUUCCAGACACUUCUGUGCUAGCUAUCCGCCUGGUCAAUGGGACAUGAGGGCAAAAAUGCAUAGUUAAAGCCAAUGAAACCCGUAAACAAGUCUAAUACAAUACAUAAAACACAGCAGCCCCUGGAUGGUUGUUAAAAACUCUCUUCUUCAAAAGCCUGAGUAAGCGAUCGCCCCACUUUCCUUUCUUUUCUUUCACCCAUUGGGUUUCUGGCAAUGGUGGGAUGGAGGAUAUUUCAGGGGAGCCUCAGUAUGUGCUGGGUGUAUGGCUAGCCCCCUUUCCCUUCAUAUGCCAUUCAUUCUUUAUAUGCAAAUAUAAGUAUUCCAAAAAACCUGAAAUCUGAAAAAAUAUCAUCCAAGAUGUUGUCAAAGGCUUUCCUGGUGGGUUGCUGUGAGUUUUCCAGGCUGUAUGGCCAUGUUCCAGAAGCAUUCUCUCCUGACGUUUCACUCAUAUCUAUGACAGGCAUCCUCAGAAGUUGAGGGAUCUGUUGGAAAGUGAGGUUUAUAUAUCUGUGGAAUGUCCAAGGUGGGAGAAAUAAUUUGUCUGCUUGAGGCAGGUGUAAAUGUUGCAAAUGGCCACGUUGAUUAACAUUUAAUUGUUUUGCAGCUUCAAUGUCUGGCUGGUUGUUGCCUGGAGGGAUCCUUUGUUGGGAGGUGUUACCUGGCCCUGAUUGAUUCCUGUCUGGAAUUCCCCUGCUUUUUGGGUGUUAGCUCUUUAUUUACUGUUUCAGAGUUUUUUAAAAUACUGGUAGACAGAUUUUGUUCAUUUUCGUGGUUUCCUCCUUUCUGUUGAAAUUGUCUACCUGCUUCUUGUGGAUUUCAAUGGCUUCUCUGUGUAGCCUGGCAUGGUGGUUGUUAGAGUGGUCCAGCAUUUCUGUGUUCUCCAAUAACAUACUGUGUCCAGGUUGGUCCAUCAAGUGCUCUGCUAUGGCUGACUUCUCUGGUUGAAUUAGUUUGCAGUGCCUUUCGUGUUCCUUGAUUCGUGUUUGGGCAAUGCUGUGUUUCAUGGAGACUUGUCCACAGGUCCAUGGUAUAUGGUAGACUCCUCAUCCAAGCAUUACAGAAACGGGAGAUUCAACCUGUCCUAUUCUUUCUCACUUUGUUUGGAAGACUGGACAAGAAACAUUUAAGGUUGCCAACUUGCUUCCCAUCAGAAGGUGGAUACAGUGCAGAACAAAGGGUGAGCUCUGGUAUUAGAAACACAAUGAGGAGAAAAGGAGGCUAACUAAGUAAAUAUGUAGAUCUCCUGGAGACUCUUAAAUCUUGCAGCAACAAUGCAAUGUUAGUGUUGCGUAUCUUUGAGACAUUUCUGACUUAUGGCAAACCAAUCACAUGGUUUUCUGGCUUGCCUAAGGUCAUCCAGUGGAUUUCCACAGCCAAAAAUCAUUCUGGCUCUCAACAAAUCAGUCAAGCCUUGCAAGUUCCUGGUGGUCUGCUAACUGCCCUGGGUAUUUUCAUGCAACCCUUUCUUCUUGCCAACCUAGCAGUUCGAAACAUGCAAAUGUGAGUAGAUCAAUAGGUACCACUCCAGUGGGAAGGUAACGGCGCUCCAUGCAGUCCUGCCGGCCACAUGACCUUGGAGGUGUCUACGGACAAUGCCGGCUCUUCGACUUAGAAAUGGAGAUGAGCACCAACCCCCAGAGUCAGACAUGACUGGACUUAACUUCAGGGGAAAGAAACCCUUUACCUUUUUACUUUCUUCUUGCUUAGAACUUGAGCCCCAAAACUAGAAUACCCGAUCCCACAUUUCCUGCUUGGAGAUGACCUAGCCCUGAGAUCUGUUGACCCUACCAGAAAAUGAUCAAAACUUAGUGGAUUUUCAUUUCCAUUUUUCUUUUCUUUUUUCCCCCUCCUAGCCCUGUUAUUCUACAAUUCUGUGCAGGCACACCUGGGUGAAAUUCUCUGUCGAUUGCUAAAAGGAAAUUCACCUCCAAUUAGGUUGACAGCUCAGGCUCAAUCCAUUAAUUGGCAUGCAGAUCCACCCUUGUUCCCUGCCUCUUGCUAUAAAACCCUUGUAGCUAUCUCUCCAGAAAGAAAAUCCAUGCACCAAAGGACGGAUUCCUCCUUGCUUUGAGGCCUGCUGACUUUAUCCAAAGUCCAAUAAAAAUUACCAUAUCUGAGUUGAGGCAGAAUAAAAUCACUGAAUCACAAAUCCCCAGUAGGUCUGACACUGUAUUAAUUUUGGGAGCGUAAGCAAAACGCUUCUGCCUUCCCUUCCAGCAGAAGGUUGUCGGCUCAGGAAAGAUGGAGAAACAGCACAGAAGGACCAAGGAGAGAUGAGGCUUGAGCCUUGGCCCUAGGUUUGCAUUGGGAUAGCCAAGAACUGACCUUUGGGUUGGAUUGACCUAGAAGGACCCCUUCUUGGUGGAAAGGUGGGAUAUCAAGACAAGAAAAGAAGUUUGAAAUGGAAACUAACUUCCUUAGAAAGAUGGGUGUCCUCAAAUAAGGAGUUCGGUUCACACCAUCAGUGCAAAGCUGGGGAAAUUUACUCCAUCUUCCAUAAUCCCUUAGAUCAGUGGUCCUCAACCUGGGGUCCCCAGAUGUUUUUGGCCUUCAACUCCCAGGAAUCCUAACAGCUGGCAAACUGGCUGGGAUUUCUGGGAGUUGUAGGCCAAAAACAUCUGGGGACCCCAGGUUGAGAACCACUGCCUUAGAUCAUGGUCAUGUUAGCUAGAGAUUCUAGGAGCUACAGACUUGGAUCUGAAUGCUAGUCCCAACUAAGACAGUCCCAUUGAACCAAUGUCUGGGAUAUGGUUGGUUAUAACCACUCAGCCAGUGUGGUGUAGUGGAGUGAAUGUUGGACUAGGACCAAAGGAGCCCAUGGUUCCAAUCCAUGAAACCCUCUGGGUGAUCCUAGGAAGCAACACAUUUUUGGUCUAAAAGGAAGGCAACUCAGCCUUUGGGGUAGAUACCUCUUAAACAAAUCUUGCUAUUAAUACUCUAUGACAUGUUUGACUUUGGGCUGCCAUGUGUCAGAAAUGACUUGAAAGAAAUACAGCACCAACAGUAGACCACAGGAUGAUUUUCCAGAUGGUGAAUCAAGAGGUGGGUAAAUCUACUUGAUUCAAUGGCUUUACUUUGGUCAUAACUAUUUAUUUAUUUGUUUAUUUAUUUACAGUAUUUAUUUCCCCCCCUUUUCACCCCGAAGGGGACUCAGGAUGGAUCACAAUGUACAUAUACAUGGCAAACAUUCAAUGCCAUUAGACAUACGACAUACAAACACAGAGGCAAUUUAACAUUUUCCAGCUUCCGGCUUCAUGAGGAUAUGCUCAAUUCUGGCCACAGGGAGAGCUGCCGCUUCAUUGUCCACUUGUCACACCGAGCCCUUGAUGGAGUACUUCCUCCUUCCUCGUCAUUCUUCCGCACGCUGCUGGACCUUUUUUUGAUGUCGUAAAUUAGUUAAGUUAGCCUCCCCACAUAAAGUGGUACCUAAAUAUUCUACUCAAUAGAUGCAACUGUCUUUCGAGUUGCUUAGGUCAACAACGAGCUAGGCUAUUAAUGGUCAGGAGCUCAAUCCAACCCGGGCUGGCUUCAAACUCAUAACCUCUCAGUCAGUAAUGAUUUAUUGCAGCUGGCUACUAACCAGCUGCGCCAUAGCCGGCCCCUAACAAUAGGGUUGGGCCACUGACCAUUACCUACAAGUUCGUUCUCUGUGAAUAUUUGAUGCAUAAAACCAUGGAAUCUAGAGUUGGAAGAGACCACAAAGGGCUAUCAAGUCUAAUCCCAGACCAUGCAGGAAUUGAAGCACUUCUGAUAGGUGGCCAUCUGACCCCUGUUUAAAUCACAACAUUUGUGAUUUUAAAAGGUCUUUAGAAACUCUGGCUCAAUGCAAUAGAAUCACAGAGGUUGUAGUUUGACAAGGCCUUUAAUAUUUUCUGCCAAAUAGUGUUGGUGCCUCCCUAAACUACACCUUCCAUGAUUCUAUAGCAUUGAGCGAUGGCAUUUCAAAUGGUGCCAAACAGGACCAACUCUACAGUAUAAAUGCACCUAAUUACUGGAUUUUUAGUGAGUAGAUCCAUUUACAAUACAACCUUACAUUCAGUUGUCAAAUGAUGUGUUAAUUGAUAGGUAAAAUCCAUUGAUUCCGCAUGUUCACUCUAGGUGGGACCAACUAUCCAAGGUACUUUGUAGGAAAGGGACCCAUAAAAUUAAACAAUUACUAAAAUCUCAUUAUUGAAAAGAAAAAUCUUUGAGUGUCUUUUUGAUUCACCAUGGUAACAGUUUUUCUUUGUGCUGUUGAUUAAUAGAUGGUUCUAUAUAUUUGUGAGUUCAUGUCCACAAUUUGAUGAAUGUCAAGUUUCCUCCUGAAUCCUGACAAAUCCUAAAUGAAUAGUGUUGAAAGCUCAGUGAUAGAGCUAUCUGUCUUACUGGUCUGUCUGUCUAUCUGGCUCUCUCUUUCUUUCUGUCUCCCUUCCCAUCUCCAUUUUCUGCACAUAAGACACACAGAAAUGCAUUGCUGUGAGUUUUCCAGGCUAUAUGGCCAUGUUCCAAAAGCAUUCUCUCCUGACGUUUUGCCCACAUCUAUGGCAGGCAUUCUCAGAGGUUGUGAGGUCUUUUUGAAACUAGGCAAGUGCAGUUUACAUAUCUGUGGAAGGUCCAGGGUGGGAGAAAGAACUCUUGUCUGUUUGAGGCAAGUGUGAAUGUGGCAAUUGGCCACCUUGAUUAGCAUUUAAUGGCCUUACAUCUUCAAAGCCUGGCUACUUCCUGCCAGGGAAUCUUUUGUUGUGAGAUGUUAGCUGGCCCUGAUUGUUUUCUGUCUGAAAUUCCCUAGUUUUCUGAGUGUUAUUCUUUAUUUACUGUACUUAUGUUAGAGUUUUUUUUUAAAUACUGGGAGCCAGAUUGUGUUCAUUUUCAUGGUCUUCUAAUUUCUGUUGAAAUUGUCCACCUGCUUGUGGAUUUCAACGGUUUCUCUGUGGAGCCUGACAUGGUGGUUGUGAGAGUGGUCCAGCAUUUCUGUGUUCUCAAAUAAUAUGUUGUGUCCAAGUUGGUUCAUCAAGGGCUCUGCUAUGGCUGACUUCUCUGGUUGGGGGUCCCUACGUAGAUUUGUCCACAGCUGCAUGAUAUACGGUAGACUUCUGCAGAGGUGAGAGGAUCCCUCUUGUUCUUUGCUGAACAUAGCAUCCUCACAACCCCUGAGGAUACCUGCCAUAGAUGUGGGUGAAACGUUGGGAGAGAAUGCUUCUGGAACAUGACCAUACAGCCCGGAAAAGUCACAGCAACCCAGUGAUUCUAUCCAUGAAAGCCUUUGACAACACACACAUACACACACACAUGCUGAAAAUCACAAAUAAGUGAAAAAUUAAUUAAUGAAUUUAUACUUUUUAGUAAAUAUAAAAUUAUUUCAAAACUACUAUGUACGUCCAGAACCAUAAACUCCAAACCAGAAUACUCCUGCCCUCAACAACUAAAUUUCAUUACUAGUGAACCGUACUAUUUCCAAGGGACAUAGGAUGGAGAUACUGAGAAGAGGAUGUACAGGAAUCCCUACGUGAAUAAGUGAAACUAUGGAUAAACGGUGGCGCAGUGUGUUAAAGCGCUAAGCUGCUGAACUUGCGGACCAAAAGGUUGCAGGGUCGAUUCCGGGGAGCGGACUGAGCACCCACUGUUAGCCCCAGCUUCUGCCAACCCAGCAGUUCGAAAACAUGCAAAUGUGAGUAGAUCAAUAAGUACCCGCUCCUGCAGGAAGGUAACAGCGCUCCAUGCAGUCAUGCCAGUGGCCAUAUGACCUUGGAGGUGUCUACGGACAACGCCAGCUCUUUGGCUUAGAAAUGGAGAUGAGCACGAACCCCCAGAGUCAGACACGACUGGACUUAAUGUUUAUCUUUACCUAUGGAUAAACAAAAUUGCCUCUUUUGUUUUUCUAUAUAUGCGGGUUAUACUGUAUACAAAAAUAUCCAAAGAAAUGGUAGACAAAUGUGGGAAACCUGAAAAAGGGAAUUCUGAUAUAAUGAGAAUCAUUUCGGUUUGGUACUAUGUGCAAGUUUUGCAGGUGGUUUUAUUUUAUUCUUCAAGAGGAUACUUUUUGUGCAGAAAAGGCAUAAUACCGCACAGAAAAUAUCAUUUUCUAGCCAUACAUAUGGAGGAAAAAAUGUACAUAAUUUGCAGAGAGAAAAUCCUGACCUCUGAAGGUUUCAAAGACUUUCUCACAGGGGGAAUGAAAUGUUGCUCUGGGGUCUUGUGCAAAGGGCAGGGAGCAAACUUGGAAUAAAACCUGGCUGAUGGACUUAUUAUCCGCCUCCUGCAUCCAUCUGCUAACUUCAGUUGCAGAUUUCACUGUGGAUUUUCAGCUUCCUAAUCAACUUUCCAAGAUGCCGAGACUUCGGGGUGUUAGGUCAGUCUUGCUUUUCAGUGUCGCUUUCUCAUGAAACAGAGAAGAAGUCAGGCUCAGGGGGUGUGAUUCCCCCUCCAUCAGAGACCCGCUUUGAUCCGCUAUCCAAGCCCCAUAUGUUGGCUAUUUCUUUUGCACCCAGAUCCCCUUUGCUGAAGACCAGCUGCCUGCUCUGCUUCUGAACGUUUGCACGCAACAGCUCGACAUUCGUUCAUUAAGGAUCGUGGAUCACUGCGGGUGAAUGUCUGCCGUUCUCGCGUCUGGGCUUCCGUCCAACUCAGCGCAAAAGCAAGGCACUGUGUCUAGAGAAACCAACAUAUUGCUUUUUUCAAGAUUCCCCUCGGUUAAUCUCCUUUCAGUGAAAGGCAGGGCCAUGCAGAAUCUGAGAAACAAGGCCUUGGGUUGCAUUUUAAUAUUCAGAGACUGUCAGCAUCGUUCAAGUGUAGCCCUUUGGCCAGCAUCCUGGGAGUGACAUAAGCAAGUGUAAAUCAUGCAUGCAUAUUUGUUGGUCAUUGUGGAAGCAAAUGACCAUGUAUAUUCAUGUAUAAAGGCUGGUUUUGAUGCCAAAAUUAUGGAUUUUGAUAUGACUCAUGGAUACAUUGAGGGGUCAUUCUACAGAAAGAGUACAUGUGAGUGUUGCCUCAGAGGCCAGUAGCUCUUGGAUGUUUCUACCAUCGUUUUGCUCCUUGGGAAAUCAAAAUGUCCAGAAGCAGAACCAUGGCUGAGAGAAUAUUCAUAGAAUUAUGGAGUUGGAAGAGACCCCAAGGGCCAUUCAGUCUAACCCCAUUCUGUCAGGCAGGAAGACACAACUGAAGAACUCCCAACUGAAGGCCUUGAUGGAUUUUUGGUUGUAUGUAUAUGAAAUGUAAAUCAAGUGUUUCUGCUGUUUUACAAGUGUGUGUUUCAGCAAUGAAACAGUUAACAGCAGGCCAGUUUGACUGACAGCCUGCUGUGACCUAUGAGACAUGAUUUCUGGGCCUUGGAGGUCGGAACUUCCUUCGGACUAAGGAAUGUGCUUUCUUAUCUCUCUGUUGUACUGUGAGAGAUGAGCCGAGCCAAAGAAUGCCGGCUUCAAGCAAUGGACUUUGCUGCUUUGUAAAUAUCUUUGUAAAUAUUAAAUAAGUGUUUGAACUUCAGACUGCAAAUGUCUUUGAGUCUGACAUUGGAGGAAUUGGUGAGGGUAGAAGUUCACCAAUUCAUCAGGGUGCUGGUCUGGAGCUGUUGAUCGAUGGUGUUGAAGAAACCCACCAACUCACACCCUGACCCCUGCCUCUGCAUACUGACAGGCCAUUCAUCCUCUGUUGAGAAACCUCCAGAGAAGGGAACCCUAAAAGGCAGCAUAUUCCAGCAUAUUCCACUCUCAACCUGCUCUACCUUUCAGCAAGUUCUUGCUGAUGUUUAGGUGGAAUCUCUUUUCUUGUAGUUUGAAUCCAUUGCUUUUUUGUCAUUUGAAUCAUAGUCUCUGGAGCAGCAGAAAACAAGCUUGCCCCUUUCUCCUCAAUAUAACAUCUUUCCACAUAUGUAAACAUGGCUCUCAUGUUCCAUCUCAGCCUUUUUUUCCCUCCAAGCUAAACAUGCCCAUCUCCCUAAUCCCCUUCUCAUAGAGAAUCCUGGUUUCCAGACCUUUGAUCAUUUUGGUCGCCGUUUUCUGGAUGCAUCAGUAUCCUUCUCGAAUUGUGGUUCCUGGAACUGGAUGCAAAAUAUUCUAGGGGAAAUCUGACCAAAGCAGAAGAGCAUGGCCCUAUUAAUUUCAUCAAUCUAGGCACUAUCCUCCUAUUGGGCCGGGCUGUGGCGCAGGCUGUUGAGCAGGCUGUUGAGUAACCAGCUGCAGCCAGCUGCAAUGAAUCACUCUGACCAGGAGGUCAUGAGUUCGAGGCCACUCGGAGCCUAUGUUUGUCUUGUCUUUGUUCUAUGUUAAAAGGCAUUGAAUGUUUGCCUUAUAUGUGUAAUGUGAUCCGCCCUGAGUCCCCUUCGGGGUGAGAAGGGUGGAAUAUAAAUACUGUAAAUAAAUAAAUAACUGUAAAUUGUUGCAGCCUAGAAUCACAUUUGCUUUUUUUAAGCUUCUGCAUCACACUGCUGACCCAAGUUUAGCUUGUGGUUUGCUAAAUCACCUAGAUCUCUUUCGCAUAUACUCCUACCAGGCUUGAUGUCACCCGUAUCUACUUCUGUGUAUUUCAUUUUUCUGCCCAAGUGUUGCAGGUUAGGCAGAGUGUAGGGUGGGCCAGUGCUUCUUUUAGGUUCUCACAGGAUGGACUAAGCUCCCUCCAUAAAGAUUAGACACCCUUCAGGAAUAUUUUAGUUGUGCGUUCUUGAAUGGUGACUGGUUGGAUCUGAUGGUCCCUGGUGGGUUCUUUUUGGUGAUUCUGUAUUUCCUUUGAUUGUUUGAUACAAUGUCCAUACAAGAAUUUGUGUGCAGGUUUGUGCGUGCCAUCUUAUCCUUUGCCUCAGGCAGCAAGGAGACCCUGAAAACUAAAUGCAUUGUGUCUAAAACAAGAGCGGGAAAAUUGUGCCUUGUUGGUCACAAGCAGACCAUAUUCCAGUUUUGUGACCCCUGAACCCCCUUGAUAUUAUCCUCAAUUUCCCUAAAUGCCCCUCAACUUCUUUUAAAAAAGUGAUAUUUGAGAGUAAUUUUCAUCUCCAAACCACAUCAAAACAGCCCCAAUGACCGGAAAUGGCUUCCCACGUAGAAUCAUAGAAUAGUAGAGUUGGAAAAGACCUCAUGGGCCAUCCAGUCCAACCCCCUGCAAGAAGCAGGAAAUCGCAUUCAAAGCACCCCCGACAGAUGGCCAUCCAGCCUCUGCUUAAAAGCCUCCAAAGAAGGAGCCUCCACUACAGUCUGCGGCAGAGAGUUCCACUGCUGAACAGCUCUCACAGUGAGGAAGUUCUUCCUGAUGUUCAGGUGGAAUCUCCUUUCCUGUAGUUUGAAGCCAUUGUUCCGUGUCCUAGUCUGCAGGGCAGCAGAAAACAAGCUUGCUCCCUCCUCCCUAUGACUUCCCCUCACGUAUUUGUACAUGGCUAUCAUUUCUCCCCGCAGCCUUCUCUUCUGCAGGCUAAACAUGCCCAGUUCUUUAAGCCUCUCCUCAUAGGGCUUGUUCUCCAAAGCUUUGAUCAUUUUAGUUGCCCUCCUCUGGACACCUUCCAGCUUCUUAACAUCUCCCUUCAACUGUGGUACCCAGAAUUGGACACAGUAUUCCAGGUGUUCUAGACGUGCUCUAGAACCUUCAACUUAUUUCACAUUACUUCUAGUUUGAGCAGUAUAUCAGCCAAAAAUGAUGAAGGGAAUGGACAUGGCAUUGAUUCCAUCACCAUUUUGGCUAAGAGACAGCAAAAAACCAAGUUAAUUAGGGACAUGGAUAGGUAAGUGUGACUUAUGUAUUGAUGAGAGUGAAAAUUGCACACCUCCUGCAAGUGCCCACCUCUAUGCUAAUCCACAGGCAAGAAGUUACCGUAAGGAUCUUGGUUUCACCUCUUACUAUCUUAAUGACAAAGAUAGUUGGUUCUGUUCAUUUUAUUUGGUUGUUUAGUGAUAGCAGUGUUCAUCUUAGCUCCUCCCUGUGCCAAAUUCCAGUUGGCAUUGAGUUCACAGCAUUCACGAGCUUGGCAAGAGCUCCAGGAUGCUCUGUUGGGGACUAAGCCAUUGCACUGCCCUGCUUUAUUCUUAGCAUUUCUGGAUGGACUCCAAAAAGAACCCCAUCUUCUCCAAUUCUGCAGUUCUCUGCAAGUAUCUCCCCUAUAUGAGGAAAAUUCAAGCAGGUCAAUCCAUCUGGCUGGGGUGGAUGUGACAGCCCCCCCAGGGUGAAAUAUAUUGUUUGCCAAGAACUCCCAGUUCAGCAUGGGUUUUGUUUAUUGGCAUCCCAGUUUAGACGCAGAGGAAGGCAAAGGCACAUCUUACAGGAAAACCCUGUGAUAGAGUUGUUAUAGAGUGCCUUUUGGUUGGAAAGGACGUGAAGGUACGCAACAACAACAACCCUAUAAUUAGUUUUGGAAAUAGAACCAUUGAACCAACUGGAUUUACGGUACCUAUAUUCUGACUCACCAUUCAGCAACAGAUCUAGUGGAGCUAUUCACGUUGGACCAACCAGCAGGAUUCCCGACAUGCAGGUGGGUUUCAAGAAUUCAAGGGUUUCAAGGAUUCUUCAAGGGGUGUGUGCAUAACGCAUAUCAUUCUAAUCCACAUACUAAACCAUGGUUUGGACAUUGUAUAUUUAUAUAUUUAUUUAUUUAUAUACCAGUUUGGGAACCCGGAGGUGCUCAGGUUAUUUGAGAAAGGCACUGUUUGCCUGUGUUCCAAGUUUAUUGUAGAUCCAAUGUCAGCUGGGUUCCAUGGGUGUGGGUGAACUAAAACUCCCAUAUGCAUGUCCCAUCGUCUAUGAUAUACCCGCCUCCAAAUCACACCAGGAUAUGUAGUGAGUCAUGAGGGCUAUGGGUGCAAAGUUUGGUCUUGAUCAGUCAUUGAUGGAGGUUGUAGUGGUCUUGGGAAGUGAGUGAAGGUAUUGCAAGUCCCAUCAGCCAUGGUCCAAACUCUUCAAAACCGCACCAGGAUGUAGAGUUGGUCAUGGGGGCUCUGUGUGUCAAGUUUGGUCUUGAUCAAACAUUGGUGGGAGUCACAGUGGUCUCAGAAAGUGAGUGAAGAUACUGAAAGUCCCAUCAUUCAUUGUCCAAACUCUUCCAAACCGCACCAGGAUGUAGAGUUGGACAUUGGGGCUCUGUGUUCCAAUUUUGGUACUGAUUCAUUAUUGGUGUAAUUCGCAGUGCUCUGAGGAAGUCAGUGAAGGUACUGAAAGUCCUAUUGUCCAUGGUCCAUCCUCUUCCAAACUGCACCAGGAUAUUGAGUGCGUAAUGGAGGCUCUAUGUGCCAAGUUUGGUCUUGAUCAAUCAUUGAUGGGAGUUGCAGUGGUCUCAGGAAGUGAGUGAAGGUAUUGCAUAUCCCAUAGUGCAUGGUCCACACACCCCCUCCAAACAGUGUCAGGAUGUAGAGUGGGUCGUGGUGGAAAUGGUGACGGGGUAUAAAAAUAUAGUUUUAUUAUUAUUAUCAUCAUCAUCAUCAUCACUGUAGAAAUAAUGCAGUUUGAUACCACAUUAGCUGCCAUGGCUCAAUGCUAUGGAAUCAUGGGAGAUGUAGUUCUUCAGUCUUUGCUGCCAAAGAAUGCUUAUGCCUCACUAAACAACAACUACCAGGCAUCCAUAGCAUUGAGCCAUGGCAGUUAAAGUGGUGAAAGACUACAUCCAUUCAAUAGUAUAGAUGCACCUUAGAGCAAUGAGUUCAUGAUAGGCAUCAUUCUAAAAUCCAGCUUAAUAAAUCUCUGAUCAAGAUGGGACUUGGAGCCCCCAGUGACGCAAUGGGUUAAACCCUUGUGCUGGCAGGACUGCUAACUGACAGGUCAGCAGUUUGAAUCUGGGAGGGGGUGAGCUCCCAUCUGUCAGCUCUAGCUCCCCAUGCAGGGACAUGAGAGAAGCCUCCCACAGGAUGGUAAAAUAUCAAACAUCCCAGAGUCCCCUGGGCAACGUUCUUGCCAAACAGCCAAUUCUCUCACACCAGAAGCGACUUGCAGUUCUUCAAGUUGCUCCUGACAUGAAAAAAAUGGACUUUCAGGCUACAUCUGCCAUAUCUUGUUUCCCUUGGUUUGAAUUGUGCCCAGUUCCCCGUUUGUGUGUGUGUGUCAGACAGUCGUAAUUGUGACAAGAACUAUUGUCAAAAGGAUUGGGAAGAAAAAGAUGAGCAGGAGAAGGAGCGCGGAGAGAUUAAAUAAUUAGCAAACGUGGCAAGAGGCAAGAUGAAAAACAAGCGCCGUGAUUCAUGUUUUGUGUCUCCUACUGUACCGAACACUUUAAAGUGUCAGCCGGUGCGACAGUCAGUCUUUAAAGCCAAUUAAAGUUUUAUAAUAAAAAGAAGAAGAAGAAGCAGCAGCGCUGCUUUAAAGGAGGGAAGGCGGAGGGGGGAGAGGAAAUCUUUCUAUCCAUUUGUCGGCAGUGAUGUACUCAAAGUCUAGAAACCAUGGCGACUGGAGUGCUAGAAAUCCAUAUAUAGAUGAAUUGAAUACGCAUAUCUGCUUUUAUUAAGAUGGUUUUUAAAAGAGGGGAAAAAAGAGUGAAAAGGGGAAAAGAGUGAGAAUGGAAAUGGAAGGCAAGCACUUAAUGAUGGCAAGAGGGCAUUAUGGGUCUCGUGCUAUGCGGAGCGGCACACACAACACAACAUGGGAAAUUGUGGGCGAGAUCAGAGACUUGAGACUUUAUCACACAAACCUGCUAUUCUGUUAAAAGGGCAUUAUCAUUGGGUUGCUGUGAGUUCUCCGGGAUGCAUGGCCAUGUUCCAGAAGCAUUCUCUCCUGAUGUUUUGCUCACAUCUAUGGUAAGCAUCCUCAGAAGUUGUAAGGUCUGUUAGAAACUAGACAAACACCAUGUCAUUCUACACAGAGAAGCCAUUGAAAUCCACAAGCAUGUGGGCAAUUUCAACAGAAAGGAGGAAACCAUGAAAAUGAACAAAAUCUGGCCACCUGUAUUAAAAAAAAACUCCAAAAUCAGAACAGUAAAUAAGGAACAACACUCUGAAAACAGAGGAAUUCCAGACAUGAAUCAAUCAGGGGCAGCUAACACCUCCCAACAAAGGAUUCCCCAAGCGGAAAGCAGCCAGGCUUUGAAGCUGCAAGGCUAUUCAAUGCUAAUCAAGGUGGCUGAUGGCAACAUUCACAUUUCCCUCAAACAAACAAGGGUUCUUUCUCCCACCCUGGAUAUUAUUCCCUAGGUAUAUAAACCCCACUUGCCUGGUUUCAAAUAUAACUCACAAACUCGGAGAAUGUGGGUGAAAUGUCAGGGAGAAUGCUUCUGAAACAUGGCCAUACAUCCUGGAGAACUCACAGCAACCCAAUGAUAAUGCCCUUUUAACAGAAUAGCAGGUUCGUGUGAUAAAGUCUCACAUGAUAAAGCAACCCCUUGAUUCUGGCCAUGAAAGUCUUCAACAACGGCAUUAUCAUUGAUCGUGGAUACAUACCAUAUUGAGCACCUUCGAUAUCACACUCUCAUCUGUAGCACAAUUAUACUAAUUCAGCAAUCUGUCGUCUUGCAAUAAUAUUUCUGCACAUCCUCCUAACUCCACCUUUCUGCACUACUACUGUUACUUAAUUUUUUAUUAAUUAGUGCAAUUGUACUAUAGCAGCAUUUAAAAUAAAAAGGGAAUAGUGAGAAGAUAAGAGAGAAGAAGAGGCGUUGACUCAUUCCCUGAUAUCACAUUGCUGGCAUGCUGGCACAAAAAUAGAAAGGACCCAUAGGGAUGCACAUAGUUCUGGACAAUACAGAUCAUGACUAAUGGUGGUAGUCCAGUUGUAAUGCCAGUUUGCCUGCCUUGUGCAAUAAAAUUCUUGAUCUUGAAUUGCGGUGACCUGAAAUGGACACAGUAUCUCAAGUGAGAUCUGAGCAAAGCAGAAUAGAGAGGUACCGUUGCUUCCCUCAGUCUAGACACUGGAUUCCUAUUGAUGAAGCCUAGAAUCAUGCUGACCUUUUAAGCUACUGUUUGUCUGUUUUCCCACAUAGUUAAGCUUUGCCAUUUUGACUAUCUACUUAAAUUACUUGAUCCUAGGUCUCAUGACUUGAUUAUAUCACUUGGCUACUGGUGGUGAAGUCUCCUGUUUUGAAACAGAGUCUGGAUGGGCAUCUGUUGGGAGGGCUUUGAUUGUGUGUUUUUGCUUGGCAGAAUAGGGUUGGACUGGAUGGCCCUGGAGGAGUCUCUUCUAAGGCUAGGAUUCUCUGAUUCUGUGAUUGGCAGUAGUCCUACCAGGGUGUUUGUAUCAUCUUCCCAUUCAGAUCUUUUUGGUUUGAGAUGAAGCAGAUCAAUGCUGGGGCCCACAUUAAAAACAUGUCCCCUUCCACCCGAUUGCAGCUGUUCCGAAUAGGCAGCUCUUCAUAUUUCAAAGCAUUUCUGUUCUGCAGACUUGACAUCUUCAGUUCCAUACAGCCUUAAAAAAAAACCCUAGGAAAUCUGUGAGCUGCUUCUUUUCGAGUCCAGGAUUUGAUUGGCAAGACAGCCGAAACAGAGCUUGCUUUGAGAGGAGCUGCAAAAAACUCACCGACCCCAGAGCCUGGUGCAGCUUCAGUUUCAGCUUGUUUUGUUCUGGCUUGUGUGCCCCGGACAGCAAGAAAUACCAGUGAUGUAUUAUUCAGUGGACAAACUGGAAAGCAAAAGUAGACAGGAUACUCCAGAGUCUAAAUUAAGGGUUGGCAACGAGUGUCUUAUGGAGCCAGUGUGGUAUAGUGGCUUGUGCACUGGACUAUGAUUAUGGAGACCAGGGUUUGAAUCCCUGCUCAGCCACGGAAGCCCAUGCGGUGAUCUGAUCUCGGGUAAGACACACUCUCUCAGCUUCAGAGGAAGUUAAAGGCAAAAUUCUUUCUCAACAAAUCUUGCCAAGAAAACCCCAUGAUAUGGUUACAUCAAAGUCACCGUAACUCAGAAACACGAAACAUACUUUUGAGUCUUAACACUGCCAUUCAACAUGAAGUUGACUCGGCUCUUGUCAUUUUAAAAAAAUUAUUAAAGGUAUUGUCUGGCUAAUGGUGGAGUGAUAAAUAUAGCUAUUUCUUGCAGCCUUGUGUCCCAACUAGAAGUGGCCCAUUGACUCAAUGAGAUGACUCAACUUUCUGCAGUUAAGUCUAUUGUAGUUGGGAUGAACCAAAAGAAAAUGUCAGGAGAGAAUGCUUCUGGAACAUGGCCAUACAGUCCGGAAAACUCACAGCAACCCAGUAAUUUCGGCCAUGAAAGCCAUUGACAAUACAAAAGAAUUACACCCACUGCUGUCCAAGGUGCUGAAGAUAAUGUAAGGUUGAACAACAUAUCAAGUUAACUACUUUAUAUAGUCUCUGUAUUAUGAAAUCCUGUUUACUUCAACCUAGAGGGGAUCUAUUGGAUCAAAGAGAUUUACCUGUGAGAUGACUCACCAUUCAGGAGUUGAUCCUCUUGGUGUAAAGCACAAAUUUCAAAUUCAGCUGGUUUUGUUGCAAUUAGCCUGAUGAACUUGGCUUUGACAAUAACUGACAUUUUAUCCAUGGCCCAAUGUUAUGGCUAUGGAGUCAGACCCUGAGAACAUCCUCAUAAACAAUAAACAAGCUCGGUCUACAUUCUGUCUGGAUCUCAUAGACCUUAGAUAAUAAUUAACACAUAUGCAUUAGAUAUUGCUCAUACACAUGUUGUCUAAUGCCUGAAAUAAAAUUUAGUUCUUGAUGAGUGCUGUGAGUAGAUUAACCUAAAAGCAGUACUGGGUUUGGUAGCUUCUUUGGCCAAAGUUAUUGUUUGUUGUCUGUUUGCUUCCCAGCUCAGUUUCAGGGUACAUUCGAGUCUCAUGCUCAACCUGGAAGGAUACUGCAAGGCUGAUAUUUCCAUCCUAUCUAACAACGGGACUCAAGCAGUCAUGGAUUUUGGUAUUUGUGGGGAUCCUGGAACCAAAUCCCAGUGGAUUCCAAGUACCCACUGUGUUACUCUUUUAAGUAAUCCAUGGUAUCCCUAGUACUCUCCUCCAGCACAACAGCUCCAAAGCAUUGAUUAUCUUCCCAUGUUCUUUCUUUUCUAACCAGUUUUCACAAUCAUACAAAGAAACUGGAAAUACAAUGGAAUACUAUGUGGCUGAUAUUUCACUUCUACCCUACCAUCCAAUGGUCUACUCUGGUUGGCAGCAACCAACAGAAUUCCAGCCAUAGUAUUUCCAUGUGUUUCAAAAAUUGCCAUUAAUCUCUCGGCUCCAGCUACAUCUGGCCAUGCAUCCAUUCACCGAAGCAGCGUGUGAUCACACUCCAGCAAGAAUCGCAGAUCUCGCUUUGAAUACUGGAUGGGAUUUGUUUCCCCUCCUUUCUACCCCCCCCCCCGCCUCCCUCUGAUCAAUAAUGCAUCUGCAUCUGAGACUGCAAGCAAAUGUUGCUUAUUGUGUGUAUACAGACAUAAAUAUCACUCCUGACACGGUCAAAGAAGCAAGGCUCGGGUAACAGAGGGGGAAGCAGUCGAGUUACUCACGGUGCACAGAUGAGAGAAUCCAUAUAAGAGCCCUAGUGAGCAGGUUACACCUGGAUUCCUUAUCGACUGACAUCUGCAAAUGGAUGCCAGAGACGUCUGUUUGUGUGGAGGCAAAUAUUUACUAUUGACAUGUUUCUGUUAGUUGUAGCCAAGAUGAUGGGGGAGUUCUCGAUGUGGGGGCAGAAAUGGGAAAAGAACUGGUUGAAUGCUUCACACAUCUGAUUACUUCACCCUUAAAAGAAAUCCUCAGUAUUGUUGGAUAAUACUGUGGAUAAUUGUUGUUGGAUAAUACGGGGCUGUGGCUGUGGUGGAUAUUGUUGGAUAAUACAGGGCUGUGGUGCAGAUGGGAGAGCAAGCCAGUGCAAUUAACUGCAAUGAAUCACUGACCAGGAGGUCAUAAGUUCGAGGCCCGCUCAGAGCUAUGUUGUUGUUUGUCUUUGUCCUAUGUUAAAAGGCAUUGAAUGUUUGCCUAAUAUGUGUAAUGUGAUCCGCCCUGAGUCCCCUUCGGGGUGAGAAGGGCGGAAUAUAAAUGCUGUAAAUAAAUAAAUAAAUAAAUAAUAAAAUAUGAUCAGCCCUCGGCAUUCACUGGGGUUAGGGACCCCCUUGUCAAAACUGGAAAACUGCAAAUUUUAAAAAAUGCUAUCUCUUUUUAUCCAAGACUACAACUCUCUAUGGAUCCCUAGGUUCUCCAGUAUGACUCUAUUAUAAAUUUCUGCAGGUUACUGGCUAUAGAAUCAUGCAGGAGGCCCUAGAAAUGACUAGAAAAGUGUUCUGUCAAAGAAUCUUUUUUUUCCCCAAAUAUUUUUUAUUGUGCAAUUUACAAGCAACUUGUACAUUUCUUGUUACAAAAAAACAAGAAAUCGUAUCAAGAUAACCACUACCAAAUUACCAGAAUAGUGUGAAGGAAAAAAAAAUAACCAAAACAAAACAAGUUAAAAAAGAAAGAAAAGAAAAAAAGAAGGAAAUUAUGUAGUUGACCAGUUGCUAUUUUCCCUAUAACUUCCAGAGCUCUGGAUGUAGUCCUCUUUGUUAUUGUCUUUAUUCAUAUAUUUUGAAUUUGUAGUUAAGGAAAAUUUAACUACUUUUGUUUUAUGUUGUAUUCCCAGGAAGUUUCCUUAGUCCAAUUUUAUAUAAAUAUUUAUUUAUUUUCCUUUUGUAAAUAUUCUUUCAAAGAAUCUCUAGGUCUAGCAGAAGUUGACCACAGAGUUGCACUGGAAGACCUAAAGAGCUGGAGGACUUAGGCUGCAUCCACACUGGAAGUAAUGCAGUUUAAUUCCACUUGAACUGCCAUGGUUCAAUGUUAUGUAAUCCUGGGAAUUGUAGUUUUACAAGCUCUCCAGCUUUCUCUGCCAAAGAGUACAGGUGCCUAACCAAGUUACAAACCCCAUGAUUUCAUAACACGGAGCCAUGGCAGUUAAAGUGGUGUCAAAUAGCAUUAAUUCUACAGUGUACACCAGACAUCAUCAAACUGGAGCUCUCCAGCUGUUUUUGACCUCUACCUCCCAGAAGCCCUAGUCAGCUUGUUCAAUGUUCAGGAAUUCUAGGAGCUGGAGACCCAAACAGCUGGAAGGCGACAGUGUGAUGAUGCCUGGAGUGGGGAAUUUAACACUAGUCUUCAGAAUGAUAGGAUGCAUUUAUUUAUUUAUUUAUUUAUUUGCAGUAUUUAUAUUCUGCCCUUCUCACCCCAAAGGGGACUCAGGGUGGAUCACAAUGUGCACAUAUAAUGGCAAACAUUCAGUGCCAUAUAAACAUAGAAACAGAGACUGAGACACAGAGGCAAUUUAACCUUCUCCAGCUUCCUGAGGGUAUGUUUGAUUCCAGCCACAGGGGGAGCUGCUGUUUCAUCAUCCACUGUGACGCCGAGUCCUUGGAUACUUCCUCAUUCCAAACGCUGCUGGACGAUUUUUUAUGGUGUCGUAAAUUAAUUAAAUUAGCCUCCCCACAUAAGUGGUACCUUCCUGAGGGUAUGCUUGAUUCCGGCCACAGGGGGAGCUGCUGUUUCAUCAUCCACUGUGACGCCGAGUCCUUGGAUACUUCCCCAUUCCAAAUGCUGCUGGACGAUUUUUAUGGUGUCUUAAAUUAGUUAAAUUAGCCUCCCCACUUAAGUGGUACCUAAAUUUCCAACUUGAUAGAUGCAACUGUCUUUCACGUUGCUUAGGUCAACAAUGAGCUGGGCUAUUUUUUUAUUUUAAUGGUGGGGUGCUCAUUCCGACAUGGGCUGGCCUUUAACUCAUGACCUCUUGGUCAUAGUGAUUUAUUGCAGAUGGCUACCAACCAGCCUGCACCACAGCCCGACCCCAGACAUACACCAGACAUUUACACCAGACAUAGGCAAAGUUCAGCCCUCCAGGUGUUUUGGGCAUCAACUCCCGGCUGUUAGGAAUUGUGGGAGUUGAAGUCCAAAACACCUGGAGGGCUGAACUUUGCUGGUGCCUGAUCUACACUGUCAAAUGAAUAUACUUUUCAAUAUCCAGGUGAUUUCUAUGAAUCUUGCACAGUCCUGGACUAGAUUUUCUUUGGGUUCCUAUCCAAUUCUUCAGUCGUGUGAAUCCAUCAGGUUAGUCUAGCUGCGCCCUUCAAAGACCAAGCCACUUUAGCAGCAUCCAGCUGUUGUUUUGGGCAUGAGGUGCGGAUGGAUCUGUUUCUUUUUGCUUAGGAAGAAAAGGCAAAGCAGAUGAUAUUCCAAUUCAAAGCAAGAGGCAGGCUCUGUGAAUGGGUUUUGAGCCAUGCGCCUCUUUCAUCACGGUCCAGACAACCCGAAAGCUUGCUGGCAAAAGAACAGAGGGCCCUCCUGUUCUGGGGAGAACAAAAGUCCCAUAAACAGUGCCGUGGGUCUGGAGACGAAGUGCAGUCCUUGAAAUUCAAGAGGUUUUCAGAGCCCCCCAUUAGUAUUAAGCUAGGCGUAAGUGGAUGAAAAUACUACUAAAGCUUGCUUUUUUCUGAAAAUGCAUGGAUCCACUUUAAGGUAGCUCUUUAGGUUGCAUCCUCAGCCGCCUCGUCAUCUAAAUGAAACCAGAGAGACUCAGAGAAAAAGGAUAAAAGCCUAAUAAAAGGCAAGAUCAUAGAGGAGCGACACUAUCCCUUUGGCUGCAUCAUGCUCGUGAUCCCUGUCCUGGCUCCAUGCGCAGCCAGCGGGGUCAUAACCAGGCUGCAUCUGAUUAAAAUGACAACUCAUCCCACGGCAACUUGGUUUCAUUAGAGUCCGGCUCCAGUUCUGCCAGUGAGAAGAAAAGGUGAAAAGGGAGAUGGGUGUAUCAAAUGUCUCACCCCAUAAAACCUCCAGAUGUGGCAUUCUUUUCUUCUUUCUCGGUGGCUUUUGUAAGUCACAGGCCUUUGAUACAGUUGGAAGAGACCCCAAGGGCUGUCUUAUUCAACCCCCUUCUGCCAUGCAGGAAAACACCAUCCAAGCCCUCCUUGCAGAUAUCCAUCCAGCCUCCAGAGAAAGAUACUCAACCAUAUUCCCAGGCAGCAUAUUCCAUGGUCAAACAGUCUCUGCAACAGAUUAGAUAUUUGUAAAGACUUACUAACAAUAACUGCAUUACCCCUACCUACCUACCUUCUUUCAUUUUCCUUUCCCUGAUUUUCCCUUUCCCCCAUGGAAAAAUUGGAUAUCUUCAAUACAAACACAAAAACAUGUUUUCAUUGAACAUUUCCUACUUUUUUCCACCACAGUGGUUAACCCUUCCCUAUACCCGGGCUGUGGCGCAGGCGGGAGAGCAAGCCAGUGCAAUUAACUGCAAUGAAUCACUCUGACCAGGAGGUCAUGAGUUCGAGCCCCGCUCGGAGUCUAUGUUUGUUUGUCUUUGUUCUAUGUUAAAAGGCAUUGAAUGUUUGCCUAUAUGUGUAAUGUGAUCCACCCUGAGUCCCCUUCGGGGUGAGAAGGGCGGAAUAUAAAUGCUGUAAAUAAAUAAAUAAAUAUACUAUCCAAAGUUAAAGAAUACACAUCUUUGACUGGAUAUCCACUUUAAAACAGGCAUGAGCAAACUUAGACCCUCCAGGUGUUUUGGACUCCAACUCCCACAAUUCCUAACAGCCUACCGGCUGUUAGGAAUUGUGGGAGUUGGAGUCCAAAACACCUGGAGGGCCAAAGUUUGCCCAUGCCUGCUUUAAAAAGUUAUCUUUCUCUGGACACAUUCCACUUUGUUCAUAUUCUCCUUGAAUUGUGGUGCCAAGAACUGGACACAUUAUUACUCCAGGUGAGCCUAACCCAAAAACAGACUUUUUUGUUUGAUUUCAUUAUCUCUUCUCUAACCCUGUGCCUUAAACCUGACAACAGCAGAGGCAAAGACCUGUUACUGAAUUAUCGGUAUCUUAUGAGAAUGGCUGAGUAAUCCUAUUUUUCAGGGCUACAACUGUUGUUGGGUAGGAGUUACUGCUUUUUGGACAGACGGUGACCAUACUGUUGAUCAGGGGUCCCCAAACUAAGGCCCGGGGGCCGGAUGUGGCCCUCCAAGGUCAUUUACCUGGCCCCCGCCCUCAGUUUUAUAAUAUAUUUUUGUAUUAGUUUUAAUAAUAUAAUAUAUUGUAUAUACAUAUAAUAUUGAUAAUAAUAUUAUGUUAUACAAUAUAAUACUAAUAAUAAUAAUACCAUAUAACAAUAUUAAUUAUAUGUUAUAUAUUACAUAACAUAUAAUAGUAUAGUGGUAUAGUUCAAUAUAGAAUUAUAUAAUGCUAAUAUUGCGCUAUGCUAAUAAUAUAAUAUAUUGUAUGUACAUAUAGCUGCUCUGAGUCUCCUUCAGGGUGAGAAGGGUGGGAUAUAAAUGUAGUAAAUAAAUGCUGUAAAUAAAUAAUUAAUUUUAGACUUAGGCUUGGCCAAAGUCUGAAAUGACUUGAAGUCACACAACAACAACAAUCCUAAUUAACUUGACUAUUUCAUUGGCCAGUAGCAGGCCCACACUUUCCAUUGAAAUCCUGAUAGGUUUAUGUUGGUUAAAAUUGUUUUCAUUUUUAAAUAUUGUAUUGUUCUUUCGUUGUUGUUGUUUCACUACAAAUAAGACACGUGCAGUAUGCAUAGGAAUUUGUAUUUUUUUUCAAAUGAUAAUUUGGCCUCAUAACAGUCUGAAGGAUUGUGGACCGGCCCUCUGCCUCAAAAGUUUGAGGACCCCUGCUGUUGAUUGUGGAAGGCAUAGACUACAUUUUGUCGGUGCUAAAUGCAAACUAAAGAUUUCAGUUAUGAGAGCGACAUAUGGGGUUGUUUUGGUUGCCAUGAAGUUUGGUUUUCUCUUCCUUCCUCUGCAACAUCCAAAGCCCAACAUUCAGAGCUUUGACACCCACCUCCCUUUGGUUAGUCCAUUGCUGGAAUGACUGUACUACAAGUGGAUUCAUUCAACCUGGGAAGCCACAGCCCCAAGUUUGCAAGACUGGAGCAGGACCAUUGAUGACUAGGUCCUGGAGGAUUUAUGUAUGUAUGUGUCAGGCUCACUUCAAAGGACCAGUCUGAACGCAGAUCAAAGAUAGCUGCUCUCAAAUCCAAUCUUUAUUGAAGAAUACAUGACUUUGGAAAAGUCGAGAAUGACCUAAUGUUUACAUACAUCCAAUUUUAUCACUUCUGAUGCAACGUAAUACCACACGCAAAUAUCAUCAUCAAAUCCCACCCUCUGGAUCACAUUACUACCAUUCCCACACACUAUAUCAAUUAUAAUUGUUUAUACUUCCAACCCUGAGUUCCCAGGCUCAUUUUAUCUUCUCCCGCCAGGUGCUUGCAGGGUUAUUUAUGUUAUGUUAUGAAGCCAGAUUCAGGGCUUGGAAAUUCAGCCCUGGGAUUUGGCUCCAUGACAUGGCGCCCUCGUUUUCUUCGUCCUCCUCUUCGGUUCUUCUUUCAUCAUAAUCCUGAAACAAAUCAAACAAUAACUCUAUGUGUCCAUUUUGUCCAAAGUCCCCAUGUAUUUUUUCAGCAAGCUGCGAUGGAAUACUGGGUGUAUUUUCCCUAAACUUUUUGGCAAUGCCAACUGGAAAGUUACUUCAUUGAUAACACCCUGUAUUCUGAAUGGUCCAAUAUAUUUGGGGCCCAAUUUUCUCGAAGGUAGCCCCAAUUUGAUGUUUUGGGUACUUAACCACACUAGAUCUCCUUUAUCCAGUUUAUCGCCUUCCACCCUCUUUCUGUCUGCGAACGCUUUAUACUUUUUGUGUGCUUCCUUUAAGGAUGCAGUCACUUGACUCCAGCAUUCUAGCAUUUGCGUUUUCCAUUUCCCUGCCUCUGUUUCCUCAUUCUCUGUCCAUCUUGGCAACUGGGGCAAAGGCUGUAUUUCAUACCCGUAAACCACUUCAAAGGGGGUUUUAUUUGUUGCUGAAUGUAUAGUCGAAUUAAAAGCUAGUUCUGCAAAAGCCAACCACCUAGACCAGUCAUUUUGUCUCAUGUUAGAGUACAUUCGAAGGAACUGCCCAAGUGUCUGCUGAGUACGUUCUACUGCCCCGUUUGUCAUGGGGUGAAAAGCAGAACUUAGACUCCUUUCUGCUCCUAGCAUUUCCAAGAAUUUUUCCCAAAAUUUUGCUGUGAAUUGUACUCCUCUGUCACUGACCACUCUACUGGGACAUCCAUGCAGUUUGUAAAUGUGGUUUAUGUACAAUUCAGCUAGUUUCUCGGCUGAUGGUAGUUUCGUCAGUGCUAUAAAGUGGGCCUGUUUAGAAAACAGGUCUAAUACUGUCCAAAUAUAACGAUGUCCUUUGCUAACCGGUAGUUCCCCCACAAAGUCCAUAGCUACACAUUCCCAAGGUCUGGUAGGUUCUGCUACUGUUUGUAAUAAUCCCAUUGGCUUCCCUCCUCUCGAUUUAUUUCUGGCACAAUCAUCACAUUGAACAAUAUGAUUCUUUAUGUCCUUCCUCAUCCCUGGCCACCAGCAAUGUUUUGCUAUUGCCUUUGUUGUUUUUGUAAUUCCUGUAUGACCAGCGCUCUGGUUAUUGUGAAAACGAUGCAAAAUUUUAAUCCUUAAUGUUGCUGGGAUAUACAGUUUCUUGUUCACAAACCAAAAUCCCCCCUUCUGCUCCCCCUUUUCUGCGUUGGAUGCGAUCCACUGAUCUCCUUCAUAAGACUGUUUCAGUUCGUUUCCCCAAUUAUCUUCCCCGUCGAGUUCAACAAUAGCAGUGUUCUCCUUUUGGGUUUGCGCUCUUGUCCUGACAGCUAAGCCCCAUUGUUUAUCAGAGAAUAUUGUUCCCUCUUUUGCUGUGGUUAUGCCUCCGUGUUGAGGCAUGCGUGAAAGAGCAUCUGCCAAGACAUUCUGCUUCCCUUGAAAAAACUUUAAUUGGAAAUCGAACCUGCUGAAGUAUUGCGCCCAUCUAAUUUGUUUGGGGGACAAUUUUCGAGGAGACUUUAAAUACUGGAGGUUCUUAUGGUCAGACCAAAUUUCAAAUGGGAUUCCGCUUCCUUCGAGGAAGUGUCGCCAGCAUUCUAAGGCUUUUAAUAUGGCUAAUGCCUCUUUUUCCCAUAUUGGCCAACAUUUUUCAGUUUCGCUGAACUUCCGGGACAAAUAUCCGCAGGGUUUUAAGUUCCCAUUUUGAUCUUUUUGCAAUAGUACUGCCCCGUACGCACAGUCUGAGGCAUCGCAAUGGAUUAUGAAAGGGCUCCUGAUAUCGGGGUGUUUUAGGAUGGGUCCUUCUGUGAAGCAUUCUUUUAGGGUUUCAAAUGCCUUUUGGCAUUCUGGCGUCCAACCCAGUUUGGCGCCAGGAGCUUUUACUUUUGCUGUCUCCCCUUUCCCUUUUGUUUUUAAAAGUUCAGUAAGGGGUGCGGUUAUUUGCGCGAAGCCUUUUAUGAAGGAUCUAUAAAAAUUUGCAAACCCCAGAAAUGAUUGCAACUGCCUCCUUGUUUGAGGCACUCCCCAUUCUUUCACAUCUGAUACUUUAGCUGGAUCCAUAGCUAACCCUUCUGGAGAUAUCCGAUACCCCAGAAAGUCAAUUUGAGUUUUAUUAAAUUCACAUUUGGACAGUUUUGCGUACAGCUUUGCUUCUCUUAGUCUCUGCAAAACUUCCCGGACCAAUUUUACGUGCUUUUCCUUAUCUUCGCUCACAAUCAAGAUAUCAUCAAGAAAUAUGAAUACCCCUCUGUACAACAAUGGGUGUAGUAUUUCAUUUAUAAGCUGCAUAAAGCAACCGCCUCCAUUUUUUAAUCCGAAAGGCAAAAUUUUAUAUUCAAAAUGGCCGAAUGCGCAGGAAAAUGCAGUUUUCCAAGUAUCCUCCGGUUUGAUUCUUAAUUUAUGAUAUGCUUCAAUUAAAUCCAGUUUAGUAAAUAUGCUCCCUUUCUUCAAUACGGUAAUUAAAUCCUUUACUAAGGGCAUAGGGUAUUUAUUGUCCUUAGUAAUUGCAUUUAAAUUUCGAUAAUCAAUGCAAUCUUAGGGAGUUGUCUUUCUUUCUCCUAAAUAACACUGGGGCCCCGAGAGGAGAAUUGGAUGGCUUAAUGAAGCCUCGCGCCAGGUUUUUAUCAAUAUAUUUCCUCAAUUCCUCCUUCUCCUGCACAGACAUGGGAUACACUUUUGGUUUUGGUAAGUUUGCUCCUGGGGUUAUUUCAAUUUCUACUUCUAUAUUCCUUUUGGGAGGUAAUUUACUUGCUUCUUUCUGAUUGAAAACAUCCACAAAGUCUCUGUAUUCAGGUGGCAAUAGCUGUGGGUCUAUUUCACCUGUUUCAUCUCCCUCGUCCUCCUCUUCUGCAAUUUUGCUUAUCUCCCAUUGCGUCUGCUGUUCUUUAAAUGCUAGGCUCUUUCCUCUCCAAUCUACUUCAGGAUUAGCCUGUUCGAGCCAUGGUAUCCCUAAUAUUACGUGGUAUGCGGCAAUAGGGGCUAUCACAAAGGAUAUUCUUCCUUCCCAUUUGCCUAUUUUACAUGGGACCCCCCGUAUUUCCUUUGUAGAUACUUCCCCAGCAGCGACUGAUCCAUCUAGCUGCGAAAAUGCAAUUGGGGAGUCAAGCGCCAUCUGCUGGCAUUUCAGCGCUCCUGCUAAUUCCGGAGUUAUAAUGUUUCUAGAACAACCACAAUCCACAAAUGCCUUGCAGGUGGCCCGAUUCUCUAGCCCCGAGAGGCAGAUUGGCACUACUAUCAUGCGUUUGUCCCGACUCACCAGUUUUUCUGAAGAUUCUGGGGCUUGCACCUCCUCUUCCGCACGCCUCCCGGUUGCUGGCUUGGGCUUUGGGGGUUUUGGCGGCUCCCCCUUCCGGGCCCAGCAUUCUGCUGCUCGAUGGCCUGUCUUCCCACAUACAAAGCAUCCCGGUUUAGGUUUGUUGUCGUCUCCUCUGGAGGGAAUCCCCGGCCUCCCUCCGGGUCUUUCCUGCUUCCUCGUUUCUCCUCGACCUCUCGUCACCGGUCUUUGCUGGCCGCCGCUGCUCCUGAAGCGCUUUACUUGGGCCAGGGUGGAUUCAACGCGCCCCGCUAGUUGAAUCCAUCCCUGGAGCGUUUCGGGGUCAUCUCUGUGCGCUGCCCAGCUGAAAAUCUCGGGGCGUAGUCCCUCUUUAAAUAAUUCCACUUUGGUCACUUCAGACCACUCUGGUACCCUUUCCGCGAGGUGGAGGAAUUCCUCUGCGUACUCGGGCACUGUUUUGUCCCUCUGCUUUAUGCCUUUCAGCUGGUCUCGAGCCCUCAAUUGCUCUAGCCGGUCUCUGAACCGGUUUUCCAGUGCGGCGAGGAAGCGGGGCACUGACCUCAGGCAUGGGUCGCGUCUGGCAUGACAUGUAUGUAUGUAUUUAUUUACAGUAUUUAUAUUCCACCCCUCUCACCCCGAGGGGGACGCAGGUGGAUCACAAUGCACAUAUACAUGGCAAACAUUCAAUGCCAUUAGACAUACGACAUAUAGGCCGGGCAGUGGCACAGGCUGGUUAGCAGCCAGCUGCAACAAAUCACUCUGACCAAGAAGUCGUGAGUUCGAGGCCAGCCCGUUCCUGCAUCUGUCUCUGUCUCUGUUCUAUGUUAUGGCAUUGAAUGUUUGCCUUAUAUGUGUGCAAUGUGAUUCGCCCUGAGUCCCCUUUGAGGUGAGAAGGGCGGAAUAUAAAUACUGUAAACAAAUAAAUAAAUACAUAUAGACAGACACAGAAGCAAUUUAACAUUUAUCAGCUUCCGGCUUCAUGAGGAUAUGCUCGAUUCCGACCACAGAGGGAGCUGCUGCUUCAUUGACCACUUGUGACACUGAGUCCUUGAUGAAGUACUUCCUUCCUUUCCACACCCUGCUGGAAGUUUUUAUGGUGUCAUAAAUUAGUUAAAUUAGCCUCCCCGCAUAAAAUGGUACCUAAAUUUUCUACUCGACAGAUACAACUGUCUUUCAAACUGCUUAGCUCAAUAGUGAGCUAGGCUCUUAAAUGGUCGGGAGCUCAAUCCGACCUGGGCUUUGAUUACAUGACCUCUCGGUCAGUAGUGAUUUAUUGCAGCUGGCUACUAACUAGCUACGCCACAGCCCAGCCCAGGAUUCUCAUUCAUAAGGUCACCAUAAGUCACCAGUGGAGACCAGAAGCAAUUGGAAAAGAAUCUGCUGAGAAUUCUGGAGAUGCCAGAUUAUCUCAUCAAAAGAUUGUCUGAGUUUAAUUAUGAUGAUUCUUUGACCAUAUUUAUCAUGACUGUGGGGAGAGAUCAUUGCAUCACAACCAUGAGUCCUGUGAGGAUGUGGUGAGAAGCUGCAGCAUUUGUCCAUAUGUAGACAAGUUUUCAAAAAUGUAGCCAUUAAUCCCUGAAAGCAUCACUUUCAAAUUUUGUAUGUAAAAGUGUUCUGAUUGCUCACAUCAGUUGAGACUUGUCGUUGUCAUCAUCAUCAUCAUCAUCAUCAUCAUCAUCAUCAUCAUCAUCAUCAUCAUCAUCUAUAUUCCAUUUCCCCACAAAACUGAAGGUAAUUUUCAUAAAUUAAAACAAAUACAUCUCGAAACCUAUACAGAGACAUAAGUAAAAACAUGCCAAAUGUAUAGCAUGUUGAUAUAUCACUUUGACUGUACUUUGACUGUCUUGAACAUUGACAAGAACUGAUAUUGACAAUCAAUCAGGGAUUCCCAAUGGGCCAGGAUGAUUCUCCGAGCCCAUCAAUGAGGGAUACAGGUUGCCACACUGAUUAGGAAUAUGAUCCCAAUCAAUCAGGAAGAUUAUAUUUUCUAAACUGGGAUAAUAAUCCCUACCAAUUAGGGAAGCAUAUGGGUUUCCACAUUGUUUGGGAACAUGAUCCCAGCCAAUCAGGUAAUGUAUAGUUGAUGGAAAGCUUUGAAGUGUAGCAAACAGAUAAGAAAGGCAAUAUUAGAUGUUUUGAGGAAACAUUUGGUCCCAAAUUUAUCUUCUUUUGUUCCCAAAUUGCUCCAGUUCAGAUGAUUUGUCACGGUCUUAUUGGGAGCGAUGAUGAUCUGGAGUCAUGGCUUCCGGAGGGCGACACUUUCUCUCCGCCAUUGUUCUUUGCCAAUGCCAUCCGCACACAGCCCACCUGGAGUUCCAGAUCAGCCCUACUUAAUCUUUCUGGUCUCUGGAUUGUUUAGAUAAUUGCCUCCCGCGCAUCUCCAAAGGACCUGGGGAGAUGUUGCCCAAGACCUUUUGCCUCCUCUCGUCUUUCUGUUCAUAAAAGGCAGGAGAUCAAAACCAGAAUUCGACAUCCGAGGAAAAUGAAGGGGAUUUUUCCGACCCACACCCCAUUGCCGGGCUUGGCCUGGCAGGCUUUUUCUCAGCAGCCUCCCUGGCCUUGCUCUGGUGUCAUCGAAAGGAAUUUCCUUUUUUAUUAAAGGCAUCGAUCUCAGCAGGAGGACAAAAUGAUUAAAAACAUACAAAGGAGCAAAGCCCGGGGAUUCGGUGUUGAGUUGUUGGUAUAACGAGGUGUUCCAUUUGGAGCUGUUUUAUCUGGAUGGCUUGUCUUCCAGCAUGAAGGCAUUGAAGCCGCUAAAAACGACAUCUUUGCCUUGGCAGGGGGGUGGGCUACAUACCUACAGGCACCCGUUCCUGUCUGAUCUUGGAAGCCAAGCAGGGUCAGCCCUGGUUAGGGAUUGGGUUGGAGACUGCCAACGAAUCCUAGGUGCUGUGAGAUCUAUUUCAGAGGAAGAGACUGGUGAACCACUUCCGAAUAUUUAUUCUUUGCCCAAGAAAACCUUAUGAUGUUCACCAUGAGUGAACUACAUGCAACCUGAAGGCACACACAGACACUGGGAAUUGGAGUGGGGCAUUCAAUAGGUGCACCCUAUAGACCAGGGUAGAGCUGAAAAUCCAGCAGGAUCCCCAUGUCCAUGGAACCAGUAUCCACAGUUUCAUUGAUCCAUGCCUGGCAAAUAUAUGGCCUUUGUAAGCAUUUUCUUCCUGCCAACCUAGCAGUUCGAAAACAUGCCAAUGUGAGUAGAUCAAUAGGUACCGCUCCGGCGGGAAGGUAACAGCGCUCCAUGCAGUCAUGCCAGUGGCCACAUGACCUUGGAGGUGUCUACGGACAACACCGGCUCUUCGGCUUAGAAAUGGAGAUGAGCACCAACCCCCAGAGUCAGACAUGACUAGACUUAACGUCAGGGGAAACUUUUACCUUUUUAAAGCAUUUUCUAGGUCCCCCAGCUUGACUCUCAGGGGAAGAAGUCCUUCAUUUCAAUAGAGUUCACUCUUAUCUGCAGUUUGAUGUAUCCACAUGAAGUCUGGGAAUGUAUCCUCGUGGAUAUGGGCGUCAUGCUGUAUAAAUCUUCCGGUGGCUCAGUGUGUUAAAGUGCUGAGCUGCUGAACUUGCAGACCGAAAGGUCCCAGGUUCAAAUCGGGGAGCGGAGUGAUCGCCCACUGUCAGCUCCAGCUUCUGCCAACCUAGCAGUUUGAAAACAUGCAAAUGUAAGUAGCUCAAUAGGUACUGCUCCGGCGGGAAGGUAACAGCACUCCAUGCAGUCAUGCUGGCCACAUGACCUUGGAGGUGUCUACGGACAAUGCCGGCUCUUCGGCUUAGAAAUGGAGAUGAGCACCAACCCACAGAGUUGGAAACGACUGGACUUAACGUCAGGGGAAAUCUUUACCUUUACCUUAUAAAUUUCACUAGUGAAAAAACAAAGCAUUAGGGUUUUUCUGUGAUUUUUAGCAUGGAUCAUAAGCAUAUUAGCCUGUUCUACGGCUGUAUUAAGAGGGACUCCCAAGGUAUAUAUGUCCCAGCUCCUUUUAUUUUUGUGAGUCCCAAAAUCCUGGGAUACAUUCAAAUAAAUCUGAUUUUCAUUUUUUUGAAAAAAGGUAGAUAUUUCACAUAUGGAGUUGAUAUGCAUCAAAAUUACCUAAACAGAUACUCUGCCUUAAAAAAAACAGUCUUAUGCUCCAAAAGCUGCUCAACAGUUGAAUGGAUUGCCUUGGAAAGGGGUGAUUUCUCCUUCUUUGGUGAUCUUUGAACAGAGAUUUGGAUGGCCAUCUUCAAUGAAUGCUGUUUCUUCAUGGCAGGUGGUUGAAUUAGAUUACACUUGUGGUCUCUUCCAACAUUAAAGUGUCUAUGAUUCUAUUAUUUGCCCACCCGAAAUACAAAAAAAUUGCUUUAAAACCACUUUCAAGUGAGAUAUUGUGUCCCAGUUCCCUUUUAGAACUUCUCAAAAUGGCUAAAUAUGGUGGAAAAAAGAAACAGGAAAUUAUCAUAAUAAAACUUUAUUUAUAUUCCUCCCUAUCUCCCCAAGGGGACUCAGGGCAGAUCACAGUAUGGCAAACAUCCAAUUCUGUUUGGACAGACAGGCAGAACAGACAGAAAGGAGAUGUAUUAUGUCGAAGUCUAGCUUUGGUGCCUUGGAAGUUGUGCUCGGAUUCAGCCGCUGGGGUUGCUGUUGCUCCAUUCUCUAUGACAAAGAGUCAUUAGGACUUCCUCCUUCCCCUUGGUCUCUGGUAUUUCUGGUCUUUUUCUUUUAUGGUGUCGUAAAAUACCUCCCCUGCUUAUUAGUGAUACCUAAUUUCUCUACUUACAGCUCUAAGCUGUUUUUGAACUGCUUAGGUAAACAGUGAGCUGGGCUUGACAGUCAGGUGCUCACCCCGACCGGGCUUCAAACUGGCCACCUUUCGAAUCAUAGAUUUAUUACUGCUGGUGAUUUACCAGCUGUGUGCUAAAGCCCAGCCUAGUAAUGUGACAUUGCUUUUUAUUUGCUGUUGCAGCUUGCAGUGGUUGGAGCAAAAAUGUUAGCCACUCAAGAAAAUGUAGUCAACCUUAGUCUUUUAUAUUUUCUCCUCUUGCAUUUAAUCUAAUUUGAUGAACUUGCCUUCUGUGAUGUCACUGAGUUAACCCUUUUGAUUGGCUGCAUAGCUCUGUGAUGUAAUUUAUUAAUGCCAAGGUUGAAGGUUUGUAGAUUUCUCUCUGACUCAUGUUGGGCUCACUAUCUAUUUUCUCAAUGGAUCUCAGUUGCUUGCCAGAAUACUGUCUUGUUGCCAAAUGGGAUUGCCUUCAUGCCAUUGUGACAUUGUUCCUUUCACAUUCUUCAGUUGGCUGUGGUCCAUGCUAUGUCCCUUCCGGGGAGAAGAAAGGAGCAUCUUGCAAGGAAAGGAAAUUGUGCCAAGAAAGUAAUAGUCAGAAAAAAUAGGAUCAGAAAUAUGGCAUCAAACAAGCAAAUAUCUGCAUCAUCUCAAUAGUGGGUUUGUGUAUACAGGUUGAGCAUCUUUAUCCAGAAAUCAGUAUGCCAAAAUAUUCAAAAUCCAAAGCUGGCUGGCUGAGAUGGCGACAAUUUCACUUUCUGAUGGUUCAAUUACACAUACUUUGUUUCACGCAAAAAUACCGUAAUUGAAAAUGUUGUGUAUAAUUAUCUUCAGGCUAUGUGCAUAAGGUGCAUAUGAAACAUAAAUGAAUUCCUUGCUUAGACUUGGGUCCCAUCUGCAAGAUCUCUCCAUUUUAGACAUGUUUGCAAGUAAAGGUAUUCCAAAAUCUGGCAAAAAAUAUUUAUAUUCAAAGCGGGUUUGGUCCUAAGCAUUUCAGAUAAGGGGAAAUCUAAAUCUGUAUUUAAAACUUUUCACAAAAUAACUAUUUAGACCUGAAAUGUUAAGGCUGAUGCAAAUGAGAAGAUUGCAAAAAAAAAAAAUCUUCACAAAAUAGAAAUGGAGAGACUAUCCAUUUUUUUAAAAAAUGCUUUGAAAAAACACUUUUUGAGUGUCCGGAACCCAUGAUAUGACUGACAAGAAUCAUCACAGUUUGGCACAUGGAUUCAUUGUGUAGAAAACAGCAUUUUCUGCACAAGAAACUAUUUUUUUGUGCAGAAGGUAAAAACAUAUUAUUUCUUGUGGUCCUUGAUCCCUCCAGAAUCCCUAGUUUGACCUUUUUCAGUGAAGGCUUUGAAGCAGUUUGCAAGCAAUUCCUCUUUGAAGCAGGUUGUGAGGCCUCUCUGCACCUUUAAGACUAAAAAAAUACUCAUUUUUUGAGAACCAGAAGUAGAAUUAUGGGCCCUUUGCUCUCUCUGUGUGUGUUUUUGUAGUCAGCUUAGGGUCUUUGGAAAUGAAAUGACUUGAAGAUAUACCACAAUGAAGUUCUUGUGAUCCCACAAUGGGUCUUAGGCUUACAAUGUGGCCCUUGAACCUGUCUUAAUUACCAAAAUUCGUCCUAUGAGAUUGACACCACUGCACCAUGCUGUUGUUAGAGUUUCUAAGAUGAAAUGCCUUGAAAACACACAACAAUGAGAUCCUUGUUCUCCCACAAUGAACUUGAGCCACAAAAUGGUGGUCCUUGACCCUGCCACAGUUGUCUAUAUUUAUAAUUUAUGGGACUCAGACCUAUCAGGUGCUUCACUCAGCUGGUCUGGUAUGUGUGUGUGUUUGUGGGCAACACACUUGGGCCACAUAGUGUUUUCAGAUACAAGUUGCCCAAUCUCUAGGAUCUUCUAUGGAGAAAGAAUGAGGAAGAAGAAGACAUGGCAGCAAGGUGUAGGUAGGUGGAGAUGGGUGCCCACCACAAGUUUUGCCCCAAAGCUACGAGGUCUUGACCUGAGUCUGUGAGACUCAGUGUAUCAAAAUCUUAACAAAGGCAGGGUUUUGUUACAUGCUUUCAAAGUAGCAAUCUCCAUAAGAUUCUGACAGUCAGAUUGGGAUAAGUGAGGGAGCAAAGAAGUCACGCUUCAGGUGUGAGCAUGGCUCCGUUCCUCAUGGCUGAACAGAUUAGGCACACAGUUUCAGCUCAGCAGUCUCAACUCUUUUAUGAAUUAAUCGGCACGCUUGCCUCUGUCUUCAGCCGGAAAAGAUGAGCACAAAUCUAAACAAACCAUCUCCCCAUCUGGGGGCUUCAAGUUGCCAGCAUUAUACAAGGGGAUAUGUUGGCCAUUGAUAAUGGACUUCCUUUCUAUUCAGUGCUUUGCUACCUUUCCUGGUCACAUAAUAAAAGAACAUUGUUAGUCAAACCCUUCAUAAUCUCUACUUGGUAGUUUUGAGUUGGUAAAAAUUGUUGUGUGAAUUUGCCCUCUGUGUGUCCAGUUGAAACACUAGCCAAGUGCCAGCUAGGUUGCAUUGGUUAUGUAGAAGUAAUAAUCAUGUAUUUGUUUUAACACAGACGGGCUAAUCUGCAUCCAUGUAUUAAGCUAUCCAUGGCUUGAAAAUAUUUUUUUAAAAUCCAAAAAGCAAACCUUGAUUUUUUCCCCAUUUUAUGUAAGGGAAACCAUUAUACUAUGUCAUUGUUUAUAACGUGACUUGAUCAUCCAUGGAUUUUAGUAUCCAUGGUGGGUCCUGGAACAACCAAGACCACCAUGGAUGCUGAGGAUAAUGAGAUCAGGCAGGCUCCCUCGCUCCUAUCCUUUCGUAAACAUCUCAAAACUUGGCUAUGGGACCAGGCCUUUGAGCAAUAGAAGCAGCACUAACUGUAAAAUGAAAUUAGGAUGAAUAAUGGACAGACCUGGAUCAUGAUUUGGAAUGUGCCCUUGAAUGUAUAUUUAUAUGGAUUUUUAACUAAUGCUAUCUAUUUUAACUGUAAUUUUUAUAUAGUAUGUUUUAUAUUGGUUUGUUCAGCGUCUAAUGAUGCUAAUUGUAAGGCUGCCCUGAGUCCCCUCUCAGGGGUGAGAAGAGCAGGAUAUAAAUGCUUGUAAUAAUAAAAUAAAUAAACCUCCAGCAGAUACCAAGGGGUCACUAUAUGGGAUUCAGAUGCAGCACAAUUUAUAGCACCUCAAAUGUUCAGAGUAGAUUCUCAAUCCUAGUAACAGAGAAUUCACCAAUCUCUACUAUACCUCAAUGUUGCCUAUUUCUAGUAAAUUAUUUGGCCAUCUGUCUCUCAGUGUCUGCAUCUCUCUCUCAGUCUCUAUUGUCAAAUUAUGUUGUGAGUCAACUAGAGUAGGUCCACUGAAUCAAUGAGAUUGACCUAUGUGUUGACUCACCAUUCAACAAUUGCAUGAAUCAACCCAGUCGGGACUAACCAACUAGAGCAAUGGUUCUCAACCUGGGGUCCCCAGAUGUUUUUGGCCUACAACUCUCAGAAGUCCCAGCCAAUUUAUCAGCUGUCAGGAUUUCUGGGAGUUGAAGACCAAAAACAUCUGGGGACCCCAGUUUGAGAACCACUGAACCAGAGUCUUGCUACUGAAUUCUGCAUAACAACAAACAUAUCUACUUACGGAUGGUGGAGCUUGAUCCUUGCAAGGUAGAAUAAGUAGUGAAUCCAGAUUUUAAUCUGAACUAUUCACCAAUUUAAUCAAUGGGAUUAAAUUCUAGAUCACUCCAACCUGUGCAAAAUGUCCACUAGAGUCGAUUCCUCCUGUGUGAGAUGCUCAUUCCUGGUCCAAGUCUCUGUCCAUUGCUGGACCCGAAUUUUCAUCCCAAUGUGUUUCUCAAGCUUCUUCUCUCUUGGCUUCUGCUUGUGCUCUUGGCUUUGUGUGAAAUCAGGACUAAAUUAAGAUUCCGCGUGUCUUGCAUAGGCUGAAUAUAGACUUUACUUGUUUGUUGUCGUUAGUUCAUGUUAGUAGAAGACACCAGAUGAAUCCAAACUCUUUUGCGGAAAUGAACAUCCCACAUAUUGAUUUGCAAAGGGACAUAUGUCUGAGAUGGCCACUUUAUUUUUCAGUUGUGUUGUUUAUGAUUCAUCUUGUGAAUUCUUUCUUUUGUUUCUUCUCCUCCUCCUCUCUUUCUCUGGCUCUGUUUUUUGUUUUAGAAAGGAAAGAAGAUAGAAGCAUGGAUAAUCAAUUUCCCAACUGGAAUUAAAAACAGCUCCAGUCAAAUGAAGGGGAGGCAUGAUCCAGCAUGUAAAGCAGCACAGACAGGUUAUUUGGGCUUUGAUUAGCAUACAGCUCAUGCAGAAGGACAAUUAAGAAUGUGAUGAUUAGCCAGAGGGCAAAAAUAACACCAUCCAGUCCAAGCUUAGAAAGAAGCGGCGGGGGCUUUGCUCCACAGACUUGGGUAUUCCUGCAGAAGGUUGUGGAAGGAGACUUUAUGAUACUUGAGAGCAACAUUCCUCUGAGAUGUUAUUCUACUGUGUUUGUCAUUUGUUGUGGUUGGAAUUGCUCAAUGCAUCAUCCUGGAUAUGCUUCAUAAAGUCACUCCUAAUUGAGUCUACAUGGACAGACUUCGGCUCUCCAGGUGUUUUGGACUUCAACUCCCACAAUUCCUAACAGCCUACCAGCUGUUAGGAAUUGUGGGAAUUGAAAUCCAAAAUCCAAAUCAGGUCUUUGAUGGAGCUGUUCAUAGUGCUGAAUCCGAGACAUCAAAAAUAAGUAGUGCACCAUGGAGAGCUCCAUUAAAUUGAAUGAUUCAUAUAACACUAAUGUAGGUAAUGUAGGCACUGAAUUUAUUAAAGAUUUUUCUAUACUUGGCUCAGUCAUUAAUCAAAUGCACACAGUUGUUAUGUGCCUUAAGGUAAACUUCAACUUAUCCUGACCCUAUUCCAGGGCCUUCCUGGCAAGUUUUGCCAAUUGCUUUCAAGGAGGUUGGCCAUUACAAUUCUCUGAGGCUGAGAUCCUGUGACUUGCUUAAGAUCAAUGUGUUGUCGAAGGCUUUCAUGGCUGGGAUCACAGGGUUGUUGUAUGUUUUCCGGGCUGUAUGGCCAUGUUCUAGAAGUAUUCUCUCCUGACGUUUCGCCCACAUCUAUGGCAGGCAUCCUCAUAAUUUAUUUAUUUAUUUAUUUACAGUAUUUAUAUUCCUUCUUUCUCACCCCGAAGGGGACUCAGGGCGGAUCACAUUAUAUACAUAUAGGGCAAACAUUCAAUGCCCAUAUACACAUAGAACCGAGACAGAGACAGACUCAAAGGCAAUUUAACCUUCUCCUGAGGGGAUGUUCGAUUCUGGCCACAGGGGGGAGCAGCUGCUUCAUCAUCCACUGUGACAGCACUUCCUCAUUCCAACGUCGUAAAUUAGUUAAAUUUUCCUCCCCACUUUAUGAGUGGUACCUUAUUUCCUACAUGAUAGAUCUUUCGGGUUGCUAGGUCAGCAACGAGCAGGGGCUAUUUUUUAUUUUUUUUAAUUGACGGGUGCUCACCCCACCACAGGCUGGCCUCGAACUCAUGACCUCAUGGUCAGAGUGAUUUAUUGCAGCAGGCUGCUCACCAGCCUGCACCACAGCCUGGCCCGAUAACCUCUGAGGAUGCCUGCCAUAGAUGUGGGUGAAACGUCAGGAAAGAAUACUUCUAGAACAUGGCCAUACAGCCCAGAAAACACACAACAACAUUGCUUAAGCUCAUCUAGUGGGUUUCUGUAGCUGGGUGUGGGAUUUGAACCCUAUUCUCCCAGAUUCCUAGUCCAAUAUUCAAACCACUAGACCGCAGUGGCCCCCCUCCCUUUUCCUCUGAAAGAAAGUGCAUGCAUAGGCAUUACAAAAUUCAUGAGAGUCAAAAGCAAGGUUUUUGUUGACAUUCAUGUUUGAUGAAGUGCAAAUGCAUAGACGGGAUGAAUCAUUGCUUGAGGCGAGAAUUUUCUCUUUCCUUAGUGAUCAAGUGAAAAUGGUAAUUAGCUCAUUGUAAGCACUGUACAAGGUUAGUGGGUAAAGGACGGGUCUGGUGCUGCUUCUUGUCCUAGAGACCCAGUCUGUGGCCCCAAAGCAUCCCAGAAGACUCCCCAUUUUUCUCAUUUUUAAUAGUGGAAUUUCCACUGCCUUUCAAUGCCCAGAUUGAAAACAUCACAAAAAUGUAGUGGUUUGCAUCUGCUUGACUUCCCCAGAAGGAGACGUUCUCCUAUUUCCAUAUCCAACCUAAGCCUCUUCUGGUUUAUGAGGGUGUUUUUCCUUCUUGAAUUGCAAUUUGUACAUAUUAGCCUGACCAUAUUUAUACAUUUUGAUAUCGAGUUUUCUGAAACAUGAAAAAAAAUAUAUAGUCAAUUUUGUGAUCCCCACAAGAAUUCGGAUAGAAAAGGCUUACCCAUAUUUCCUUCUUUUCAUCACUCGCUGUGCUGAACUACUAGGGUGCGGGUGGGGAGGAUGUUUUAUCAUAUUCCGUCUCCAUUGAACUACACGCUUAAUACAGCAACCGCAUGGGAAGCUUUAAGGAGAACAUAAUUCUAUUAAAACCAAGAGAGUACAUGUCUACAGGGGGAUACAAUAAGAUGUGUUAUGAGCUUCUUAUCUAGCAGAGAAAAGUUAUGCUUUUCCCCCUUGUCAGUUCUUUCAGGCUUCUGUGUUUUCUGAUCUCUUCCACCCCGGGUUCACACAGAGGCACUUGCUAUUUAACGCCUUAACUGAAAACCCAAAUAAUAAAACCAUUUCAAAUCAUUUAAAUGGGGAUCCUGUACACGUUUUCAUGUUUAGCACAAUGGCAUCAAGGAAGCCUGAUGCUCUGGGGAGGAAUGUGAUCUGCUUCUCAAGCAGAAAUGAAAGUGAACCAGCAAGAAUGGGGGGUUUUCUCUUACUUUUGGUGAUGGAUCUUCCAGGCCCGGGCUGUGGCGCAGGCUGGUGAGUAGCCAGCUGCAGCCAGCUGCAACAAAUCACUCUGACCAAGACGUCAUGAGUUCGAGGCCAGCUCAGAGCCUGUGUUUGUCUCUGUCUUUGUUCUAUGUUAAGGCAUUAAAUGUUUGCCUUAUAUGUGCAACUAGCUGUGCCCGGCCACGCGUUGCUGUGGCAAAGUGGUGGUGGUAUUGGUUAAAAAUUGUUGUGGAAUUUUUAUUUGACGUUAUUUGUAUUUUUUAAUUAUUUUUAUUGUAAGUUAUCUUUUUAUUUAUUAUAUUUUAUUAUUUUCUUGUAUUAUUUUUAGUUAUUUUCUGUUAUUAUAGUAUUUCAUUGUAUUAAUUUUUUAGUGUUUUUAAUUAUUUUUAGUGUUUUUUAUUAUUUUUAUUGGGUUGCUAGGAGACCAAGUUGGAGGAGCUUAGCCUUCUAACUGACAGCAAUUGGAUAAAAACAAUCAUUCCUCUCCCUCUAAUUAGGACUUUAUUUUUCUUUUCUUUUUGUUGUAUCAACGUAGAGGCGUGGAUGAUGGGUUGUGUUGUCAAAUUCCGAGGUUGGGGGGCCUGUAGUUUUGUUGUUUUGUGGGUCGCCGUGAUGCCAUCACUCUUUUAUAUAUAUAGAUGUGAUCCACCCUGAAUCCCCUUCAGGGUGAGACGGGCGGAAUAUAAAUACUGUAAAUAAAUAAAUAAUAAAUGUCAUAUAUACAACUUUUCCUUGUUCACCUUCACCUUGGGUCCCAUUUGCAAUAUAACAGUUUUCAGCACCAUUGACCCCUCUUCAAAUUGCAGGAAAAAAAAUAAUAAUAUAAUUUUAUCUUCUGUGUGCUAUUAUCAGUCAAAGUCAGUAGAGGCCAGUAGAUGCAAUGGCCAAGAUCUCUCAUCACUGCUACAUAGUGUAAAAUUUACCGUCAUCUAGUUACACCAUAGUUGUGCUACACGACUCUUGUGCAAUUGAUGGGGAAUCUGCCAAUAUGCUGGUUUAUGGUUCCAUUAUACAACAGCAAACAUUGUACAGUAUGUUUAUUUUUGCAAACACAAUGGUAGAUUGAAGGCUCUGGUGAGCCAAGAGUCAGAUGCAACAGCAAAGAAGGCAAGUGCAAUGAUAGCCUGUAUUAAUAGAAUCACGAUUUUUGGAUGAUGAUGAUGAUGAUGAUGAUGAUGAUGAUGAUGAUGAUGAUGAUUUUAUUUGUUAUCCACCUCUCCUCAUGGCUUGAGGUAGGGCACAACAAACUUAAAACACCAAUAAAGAGAAAUAAUCCGACCAUAUUCUACAUUGGUCCAGCCUUACUGGAGUCCUGGAUUCAGUUGUGAGCACUUUUGAGAGUAGAACUAGGCCUAAUGGUUGAAGUUACAUUAAGGUAGAUUUUGAUGGAACAUGAGAAGGAACUUCUUGGAAAUGAAAGUGGUUGGCUAAUGGAAUAAAUUGCCCAGAGCAGUAGUGGGGUUUCUUUCACUGGAUGUCUUCAAAAACAGGCUGAACAACUAACCUUCUGGGGAUGUUCUGGCUGCCAAUCCUGAAUUCAAUAGAGAUUGGACUGCCUAUGUUGUCAAAGGCUUUCAUGGCCGGGAUCACAGGGUUGUUGUAUGUCUUUCGGGCUGUGUGGCCAUGUUCUCUCCUGACGUUUUGCCCACAUCUAUGGCAGGCAUCCUCAGAGGUUGUGAGGUAUGGAGGGCAGAGGACAGCUAAUGACUGAACAAAGGAUGCCCCCAGGCAAGAGACAAAACCUUUCCAAUGCUAAUUAGGGUGAUUAACUGAAACAUUAAUGCUGGCUUCCCAGUGACAAAGGGCUCUUGCCACACCCGGGAGUCUACACAGAUAUAUAUUCUUUCCUUUCCUUGCUUAGUUUAUCCAUACCUCACAACCUCUGAGGAUGCCUGCCAUAGAUGUGGGCGAAACGUCAGGAGAGAAUACUUCUGGAACAUGGCCACACAUCCCGAAAGACAUACAACAACCCCAUUGGACUGCCUCUCUGUGAUUUUAUACUUUACUGGUCUAUGGUAGACUCAUUGAAUCAACUACUGAAUGACAUCAAAACAUAGGCAAAUCUAGUUGAUUAUAUGACUUUGCUCUAGUGGGGAAUAGCAAUGGGACUGAGAUCCAUAUGAAUGUGAAAUGGUUACAUCUGUGGAACUCCACUUUCAUAACCAAGAACUGAGUGUGUUCAUUGGACAAUGGAUAAUUUAGAAUGGCCACAUAACUUGCAAACUUGGUCCUAAACCUGGGCCUUGCAUCUGUUGAUGUAGACUUAGUGUGCAUCUAUCUACACUGUAGAAGUGAUACAGUUUGAUACCUCUGCUAUACCUCAAUCCUAUGGAAUAAUGCAAGGUUUUACCAGUUCUUUAGUCUUCUGUGUUGAAAAAUCCUAGUUACUCAUCAAAGUACAACUCUUAUGAUUCCAUAACAUUGAUCCAUGAAAGUUAAAAUGCUAUCAAAUUAGAGUAAUUUUGCAUUGUAGUUCCACCCAAAGUUUCAAAGUUGCUACAAGAUCUCUAUGCAUACUAAAUCUUAUUGUUAGUCUCAAUGCAAACAGAGUAAUUAAAUUAAUUGAGUUAGCCUUCAGUCAAUGUUUUGGACUGUCUGUAGUUGUUACUCACCAACAAUAUUCCACCCAUGUCUCACUUGUGUGACCUUGUCAUCUAGCACAAUUAAUAAUAAUAGUUUUAACUCUUUGGAAGAAGCAAAACUUUUCUGAAAGACGCCCUUCUUUCAUGGCAAAUAGCAAUAAACAAAUAAUCUUUGCAGAACUGUAGCCAAAGCACAAAAACAAAGGGUCCAGAAAGUCUUUUGCAGUUGUGAUAUUAGCCUCAUCUUAUUGAUGUGGAAGGAGUGAGAGAGGGAAAUGUGAGAAAGAUCACCGUCUGCUCUUCUAAGAUGUAUCUCUUCUGUCCUAUUAUUUGUCGCUUUGGAAGAUCAGAUGAGGAUGAGAUGAGAGGAAACAUUCUACAGAAGGCUCAAGCUCACUCCAAAGGAUCUGUUUCCAGGCUCUUUAAUAUUUUGUCCCUUGUUGUCUUUGAUUUAGAUACGGUGGCUUUAAUCAGGCCAUUUGAGGAGAUUCGGAAAAUGAUUCAUUUCGGCACACUCUGCCCUCUCUUCCUCUCAUUAAUGUGGGCUUUCAAGGAUUCGUGGAAUAGAGGGUCUGGUUUGAUUUUGUUUUCCAAGCUAAUAACCUGAUGCGGGAAUCAUCCAUUUUGCAGCUGACAAGGGCUGUCCUGAAACCACGCUGUCUCUUCUGCAUGCUGAUCUCAUUUCCCAUUCCUUCUGGGGAAAAUUACAUUUUAAAAGAACAAAAUAAUAUAAAGUGCUUUUUAAAGCUAGCCUAUUAGCUGCCUUCUCCAGCUGUUUUGCAUCAAUUCAGUGUCUCUUUCCAAAACCCUCCCUUGAUCUACAAUUGUCCAGACCUGGAUCAUGUUGAAUACGGUUCUUCAGCCACAUAACACAGAAGAUCUGGGUGUUGGCAACACAGAGUCCAGAGUUGGACCUUUGAGAAACACAAAUGGACAUAUAUGCACAUUUCACUCAUACUGAGUUCAGAUUUUGGUCCAUUUGAACCAAUUUUGUCUGCAACUACACUGUAGAAUUAAUGCAGUUUGACACCACUUCAACUGCCAUGGCUCAAUGGUAUAGAAUCCCGGGAUCUAUAGUUUGGUGAGGCACCAGGACUCUUUGGUAGAAAAAGAUUAAAGACCUUGCCAAACUACAGCUUCUAUGAUUCUACUGCAUAGAGCCAGGGCUGCUAAACCGGUGGCAAACUGCAUUAAUUAUACAGUGUAGAUGAAUCCUGAGAGUGAAUCUGGAAGAGGAGAAGGAAGAGAAUAUAAGAAAAAAAAAACAUGGACCUGCCAAUUUGACAUCAGUAAUGUGCAAAAUUGGGAGCCUCCGGUGGCACAGUGUGUUAAAGCGCUGAGCUGCUGAACCUGCAGUCCGAAAGGUCCCAGGUUCAAAUCCAGGGAGCAGAGUGAGCACCCGCUGUUAGCUCCAGCUUCUGCCCACCUAGCAGUUCAAAAACAUGCAAAUGUGAGUAGAUCAAUAGGUACCGCUCCAGCUGAAAGGUAACGGUGCUCCAUGCAGUCAUGCCGGUCACAUGACCUUAGAGGUGUCUAUGGACGACGCCGGCUCUUUAGCUUAGAAAUGGAGAUGAGCACCAACCCCCAGAGUUGGACAUGACUGGACUUAACAUCAGGGGAAACCUUUACCUUUACCUAUAAUGUGCAAAAUUAUGGAACCAAUUAUUUACUAUUUAGUCUGUGAGCAUCCACAAAACAGUGGAUUGAUACCUGAAGGUCAACAUGGUCUGCAAAAGCACAUGCCAGGCCCACUGUGGUGUUCAAUACUAGAGUUAAGUCAUUAAAUCAGUUGGGUUUAUCUACAUCCAGAUUCACUAUGAAACAUUUCAUUCAAGAGGUCUACUGUAGUUGGAACUAUCCAUUGGCUCUGGAAGCCAUUCCCUUUGAUGAUAAGUUUAGGGAACUGGGUAUGUUUAGUCUGGAGAAGAGAAGUCUUAAGAAGAGAGAUGAUGUAGUGAAACUACAGGAAAAUGAUUCCACCUAAGUAUUAGGAAGAACUUCCCGAUGAUUCAGCAGUCAAAUACAUAGCCUUGGGGUGUGGUGGAGUUUCCUUCUCUGGAGGCUUUUAGGCAGAAGCUAAAUGGCCAUCUGUUUGGAGUCCUUUAAGUGUGUUUCCCUGGGUGGCAGUAGGGGGUUGGAAUUGGUGGCUCUUGUGGUCUCUUUCAAAACUAAUUCUAUGAUACUGUAGCUAUGUUUCAUCCCUUACCUGAAUUUUUUAAACAAAGUUAUGAGUCUAGUACAGUGGAUCCCAACCUUUGGUCAGCUCCCACAAUUUCUAAGAGCUGGUAAGCUGACUGGGAUGUAUGGGAGCUGAAGUCCAAAACAUCUGUCGAACCAAAGGUUGGGAACCACUGGUCUAGUAGCUUAUGAGGAUUCUGUGUACGUAGUAUUAUUUGAUUUGUGCAAAGUUUAUGAAGGUGUGCCAAGUUUUGGGUUAGGGUAUUGUCAGGAUGGUAAAAUGCAAUUUGGUGUACUAUUAGAUGGAGCCAUGGUUUGUUGAGCAACCACGACUUAGGAAGGCUAAUUAACAGUGCAGGUCCUGCAUGAAAAACAGUAGAACUCUAUAUGGUACUGUUCUGGGCUCUGUGCUUUUCAAGAUAUUCAUAAAUACUUGUAUGAGAAGGAGAAAGAUUUCUAAUCAACAUUACAGCACUGAUAUGGAUAGCUAUAGUAAACAGGAAUAGAUAUAUAUAUAGAUAGAAAUAUAGGUAACGACUUUGGCAUCGGUAUCGAUAUAGAUACAGAGAGUGUUUCAAAAUUAUGAAACCAAUUUCAAAGAGGUAUACUUCACAAUGGCAACAGGUCACGUUACAGAAAACGGUACAGUUGAUUGAGUUAACAGGUUUUACUAACCAUUUUGACACAUCUAAAAAUAACCUCACAAAUGGAGAAAUUUUAUUAGAGAGCUUAUGUUUUGGGUUUACCAUCUGAUGCUAAGGGCUGUUUUUGCACUACAAGAAGCUUCUAGCGGUAAUAAUUUGAAACUCUUAUGAACCUCUCUUUCAAGUGACAAGAGUUUAAUUCAUGGGUGGUUUGGAGUUGCAGAAAUAUAGUGAUUUAAGAUCAGUCCAUCUUUUUGAAACACCAUGUAUAUUCCCAGUAUAAGGAACACGUUUGCGUGGAACUUUUUUUUCUGCACACAAAAUGUGAAUCUUAAGAUAAAUGAGUCAAAAGGGCAAUGGGCUCCCUCUUGUACAAUAUUGGAUAAUUUCUCAGGAAGCCUGCUGGAGGAGCAAAAGGGAUGUGGCAUCUUUAACAGCAGGCCCCUAAAGGGAAUAUAUUUGUUAAACAUUAUAAUUAUCCUUCAGUGCCGAUCUGUAUGGCAAUUCAAUGAUGCGCAUUACCAUUUCUGAAAUGAUGCUUUCAUUUAGAUAAGGCACACAAUUAUACAUCUUGAUUAGGUCACUCUUCCCCAGAGAUUUCAGGUUAUUUAUUGUUAUGAGUUGUCCCCUUCUUGCACAUUGUGCUGCGGAGUUGGGAACAGAGAUGCGUUUCUCAACCUUCCCUGAGUACUUGCCAUUUUGAUCUUUUGAGAUGGAAAAACAAAGUGGCAUAAAAGUGGAAGAAUAUUUUUAUAAAGGCCAGGAUCUCCUUAAAAGAAAGGGUGCUCCGCAUAUUACCAGAUAAGUUAAUUCUUGUGCAAAGUGAAGUUAUCAAAAGAUGUUUGGAUGCAUUAAAAGAUGGGCCAUCAUGGAAUGACUGUGUCCCAUAGUUUUCAGGAAGGUAGUUCCCAUGGAGGCAUGAAAAUCAGUACAGCGGUUACCAUACAGUGAGCUUAUUUUCUGGUUGUCUGGAGAAUGAUUCCCAUUCUGCAAGGUAGUAGGCAAAGAAUGGUGAAUACUAAGUGUGCGUUUCAUGGGAUUACUCUGUCUCUGUUGGUCUGAAAAGUGGUUACCAUGAAGUGGUGGUUAUCUAUAAAGUGACUAUUGUCAAAUGUCCCUAGUUUCUGGUUGUCUGGAUGGUGGUUACCUUGUAGCAGGUGUUGAAGUGUGGGUAUAAUGGAAUGAAUCCAUCUACUUUUGGCAUAUCUAUAAGGUGGUUAUAUAUAAAGUGCCUAUCAUAGAAUGGUUGUCCGAUAGGUGGUUACUUACCAUAUAGCAGGAGUUGUUUGCAAAGUGACUGUGAAGGAUUAGUGGUUUUUGGUGAGUGGAUGUCAUGACAUGAAGCCAUCUUUUAUUUAUCUGGAAAGUGGUUACUUUGGGGUGGUGUUUAUCUUUAAUAUGGUUACCAUAGAGGAGUAGUAGUAGUAGUAGUAAUAUAAUAAUAAGAAGAAAAAGGUUUGGAUCAUUGAUGUCGCCAUCCCAGGUGACAGUCGCAUUGACAAAAAACAACAGGAAAAACUCAGAUUGAACUUCGAAGACUCUGGCAGAAACCAGUGCAGGUGGUCCCAGUGGUGAUGGGCACACUGGGUGCCAUGCCAAAAGAUCUCAGCCGGCAUUUGGAAACAAUAGACAUUGACAAAAUCACGAUCUGCCAACUGCAAAAGGCCACCUGACUGGGAUCUGCGCACAUCAUCCAAAAACAUAUCACACAGUCCUAGACACUUGGGAAGUGUUCGACUUGUGAUUUUGUGAUACGAAAUCCAGCAUAUCUAUCUUGUUUGCUGUGUCAUAAUAAAAUAAUAAUAAUAACAAUAAUAAUACUUUUUUAUAUUCCACCCUUCUCCCUGAGGGGACUAAAAGAGGAUUACAGUAUAUAUAAACAGAUAUAGGCAAACAUUCAGUGCCUUGUUACAAUAUAAUGAGACUCACAUACACAAAGACAAAGGCUUCUUCUUUCAUUUCUGGCUCUGGAGGUGGUGCUCAUCUCUGGCUCUGAGGGAGGUGCUCUUCUUCAUUUCCAAGCUGAGGAGCCUGCGUUGUCACCUCCUGGUUAUGUGACCAGCAUGACUGCUUGGAGCAUCUUUUUACCUUUUCCCACCAAAGUGAUACCUAUUUAUUUACUCACAUUUGCAUGUUUUCAAACUGCUAGGUUGGCAGGAGCUAGGGCUAACAGCGAGAGCUUACUCCGUCCUACGGAUUCGAACUGCCAAUCUUCAGGCCAGCCGUUGAGCAGCACAAGGGUUUAACCCAUUGUGCCACUGUGACUGGCCCCUUUGGAGUGACAACUUUCUGAUUACCUGAAUGGUGGUACCAUGUAAUAGCGGUUGGCAUGGACCAGUGGUUGUUGGAAUGUGGAUAUCAUGAAAUGAGCCCGUAUUCUGUGUGUUUAGAAAGUGGCUACCAUGGAGUGGUGGCCAUAGAAUCAUAGAAUUAUAGAAUGAGCCUACUUUCUAGUUGUCUGGAUGGUAGUUGACAUGGACCAGUGGUUGUUGGUGCGUGAGUCCAAUGGAACGAACUCAUCUUCUGAUUGCCUGGAAGGUAGUUAGUUACAAUGAAGUGAUGGUUAUCUGAAAAGUAUGAGCUGAUUGUUGUCUGGGAAGGUGGCUUCAAUGGAAUAAACCAACUAAAUAAACUGGAAAGUACUUGUGUUAAAACUAGUGAAGAACCUAUAUGUGUGUAAAAUGAUGUCUUGGGCUAGUCUUUCAUUCUGUUAAAGUCCUGGUAGUUUGAAAGGUGGCUGCUGUCCUGGAUUAGGAAAGGAUCAUGCGUGCCAAAAGGCAGAUGCAUGUAGGUGUGCAGUACAUGUUUCUAAGCCCCGUUCAUCCUCUGGUUCAAGGAAAUACUUGCCAAGGUUGAACUGGAAGGCUUGUUGGGAUGUACCGUAUAUACUCGAGUAUAAGCCGACCCGAAUAUAAGCUGAGGCACUUAAUUUUACUACGAAAAACCUGGGAAAACAUUGACUCCAGUGUAAGCCGAGAGUGGUAAAUUUCAGAAAUAAAAAUAGAUACCAAUAAAAUUACAUCAAUUGAGGCAUCAGUAGGUUAAAUGUUUUUGAAUAUUUACAUAAAGCUCAAAUUUAAGAUAAGACUGUCCAACUCUGAUGAAAUCAUUAUUCUCAUCUUCUUCAAUGUCAAUGUGCUUAUGUAUUCUUUUAAUAAUAAUAAAGUAAAAUAAUACAUGUAAUAAUAAUAAUAAUAAUAAUAAUAAUAAUAAUAAUAAUAAAUACAGGAAAAUAAUACAAGUAAUAAUAAAUAAAUGUAAUAGUAGCAACAAUAAUAGAUAAAAAUACUAAAUGUAAUAACACCAAUAAUAAUAGAGAAAAAUAAUAAAUGUACCAUGUAUUCUCGAGUAUAAGCUGACCCAAAUAUAAGCCAACCAAGACCCUCACCCAAGUAUAAGCCAAGGGGGGGGGGCUUUUUCAGUCUUAAAAAAGGGCUGAAAAACUAGGCUUAUACUCGAGUAUAUAUAGUAAUUCGUCACUACAUUUAUUUCUUGAAAGAAAUGAAAAGUUAAAUUACUGCAAGAAGGUACAGUAGAGUCUCACUUAUCCAACAUAAACGGGCCGGCAGAACGUUGGAUAAGUAAAUAUGUUGGAUAAUAAGGAGAGAUUAAGAAAAAGCCUAUUAAACAUCAAAUUAGGUUAUGAUUCUACAAAUUAAGCACCAAAACAUCAUGUUAUACAACAAAUUUGACAGAAAAAGUAGUUCAUUACACAUCAAUGCUAUGUAGUAAUUACUGUAUUUACAAAUUUAGCACCAAAAUAUCACAAUGCAUUGAAAACAUUGACUACAAAAAUGUGUUGGAUAAUCCAGAACGUUGGAUAAGUGAGACUCUACUGUAUUCAAAAAGCACACCGUUUUCAAGGCCUUUUUCCCCAAUACAGAAUAUAUUCUGUCCACAAUUCACACAGGUGGCUUUGCACAGUUUUUUGAUUAACGUUUCAAGACUUGUGCAUGAGUAUAUGCACUGAUCUCUUUUUUACAAGCCUAAAACAGACGUUCGUGAGACACAAUGUGUAGCAAACAGAUGAAUUCCCAAAAUAGUAUUGGCAUCUCCCCUUCCUCUUCUUCCUUUUGACAACCUGCCCUUAAGAACCUGCCGGUGACAUUUAUAACAGCACAUUGUCGUUUGGAUAGGUUGAGUGAGUCAACCUGAUAUCUCCAUUUGCUGAUGCAAAAGCCCCAGAGAAUGAGCGAGGGAAGGAAAUUUUGCAUUAUGAGGAUGACAGAGAGCAUCUCUCACACGCAAAUAUUUGUUUGUAAGUAUUAUCCCUUUUAGGGGGAUUAAAAGAACCGUCAGCUCAUAGAAAGGUAAAUGGAAUUUGCUGCAGCCUGAUCAGCUCUCUUUUGAACAGCCAUAUGUGAUGCUAUAGCUCAACUAAGCAUGAAAGUUCAUCUUUUAAUACUGUUACCUCUGAAGCAGGAACUAAUAUUUACUGUGUGUUUUAAUUGCUCUCAUUAAGCUUAGGUGGCAUUAUUAAUAUUCCUAAUUAAAGAUCCAUAAAACCUAGCAUGCAGUGAACAACAUCAUGUUACUGCCUGUCCCUGGGUUCAAACAUCUUCUGUGAUCAGUCUCUUUCUUGAGAUCACAUCAUGGUGGCAAACCAUGAUCUGUUACUAUAUCAGACCUGGGCAAAUUUUAAUUUUCCUACCGUGUUUCUCUGAAAAUAAGACAGUGUCUUAUAUUAAUUUUUGCUCCCAAAAAUGCGCUAGGUCUUAUUUUCAGGGGAUGUCUUAUUUUUAGAUGAAGAAGAAUUCACAUGUAUUGUUGAACAAAAAAAGAACAUUUAUUAUAUACUGUACAGUAGUUGCCAUCACAAACCAGCAUAACCAUGCAAACUAUGAAUCCUGUCAAGAAUUUCUUGUUACCACCAUUACUUCCAUGUACAACACUCUAUGGUACGUACAUUUACCGAUCCUGCAUGCUCUGGUGUUUUGUUUGGCGGGCAUGCUUCCAAACAAAAACUUUGCUAGGUUUUACUUUCAGGGGAGGCCUUAUAUUUAGCAUUUCAGCAAAACCUCUAUGGGGUCUUAUUUUCCGGGGAUGUCUUAUUUUCGGGGAAACUGUAGUAAUGAAAAGUUGAAACAAAUAAUGAUGAUGAUGAUGAUGAUAACAACAACAACAACAACAACAACUUUGUGUUGUCGAAGGCUUUCAUGGCUGGGAUCACAGGGUUGUUGUAUGUCUUUCGGGCUGUGUGGCCAUGUUCCAGAAGUAUUCUCUCCUGACGUUUCGCCCACAUCUAUGGCAGGCAUCCUCAGAGGUUGUGAGGUAUGGAUCCUCUGAGGAUGCCUGCCAUAGAUGUGGGCGAAAUGUCAGGAGAGAAUACUUCUGGAACAUGGCCACACAGCCCGAAAGACAUACAACAACCCAACAACAACUUUAUUUUCUAUCCUGCCUCCAUCUCCCCAUAGGGACUCAGGGAGGCUAACACAGGGCCAAGCCCAAAUACAAUAAAAGCACAGCAAAAUACAAAUAAAAACAGCAUCGAUCAAAUUAAACACAUUGGACCAGAUGAUACAAUGAAAUAACAAUACAAUCACUGUAACAAACAAGUUUAAAUGUAAAAUGAUGACUUAGAAGGACCACAAUUUAGGAGAAGAGGAGUAAAAUGGGAUUCUCUUUUCUUUGAAUCCGUUGCUUCAUUUUGACCUAGACUCCAAAGCAGCAGAAAAAAACAAGCUUGCCCUCUCGUUAAUGUCACAUCCUUUCAAAUAUGUAAACAUGGCUCUCAUGUCCUGUCUUCACCUUCUCUUCUCCAAGCCAAAUAUACCCAUCUUGUUUAGCUGUUCCUCAUAAAACUUAUUUGUGGUAUGGAAUUUAUUCUCUGCAAAAUUCACACAUGGUUAUUUUGCGCAUGGAAAAAAGCUUCGCCAGAGUAGGAAACUGUCUGCUUAGCAAACACAACAUUUUGGAAUUUUUCACAGAAGAAGUCCCAGCCUGCAAAGAUUCCCUUCACUUUAGGGUUUUUCUUCCAGAAACACAUUCUUCAUUCCUUUUCCAAAUGUUUCCAAAGUGUUCUUCUCAGUUCAAACAGGCAUUGAUCUUUAUCAUCCACUGCAAGUGACAUGAAAUCAAUCUAAAACAAGCUAAACAGACACAAAUUCCCCACCUACCAGCAAUGUUCCUAACUCUAAUAGGGAACUUUAAGUAGAAAUGCUGAAGAAUCACUAAAACCCACUGACCUCAUGAUAUUUCCACUCCAGCCAAGAGACAGGGUAUUUUGACAAAGACUGAUUUCUCAGUUGGUCAAAACUUCCAGAAAGCAGGCUGGAUAUAUGAAGAAAACUUUUAAUGGAUACAUCUUUGCAAUCCUUGCAAUUCAUGUCUGCAAUGUUCUAUUUUUAAAGGCUGGAUAAAACGGAUAGAAUGGCAUUUGAGAUACAGAUUUCUUCAUAUAUUCACAAGAGUGCUUUGUGCAUAAUAUACAAAGUCACACCAAACUUUAAAUCAAUGGCAUUGAACUGAUACAUAUAUUAUCCACACAAUUGUGUCUUUUUACUUAGAUAUAAAUAAGAAGGCUUGUGUCUUUCAGUGAAGCUACUCACAACUAGCUGAACAGUAAAGAAAGAUGAGAAAAAGAGUUUCAAUUCAGUACCUUCUAGAACAUGGCCAUACAGCCAAACUCACAGCAACCCAGAGUAUCAAUUUGCUUAAAAUGUGAUUCUGUGCCUUGGAUUGCCAAAUGACAAAAAAUAGGUGAAAAGAUAAAUAAAGCUUGGAUUCUCCAUAGAAGUCAAAAUUACUAUAUGCAUCUACAAUGUAUAAUUAAUGCAACUUCGUACUACUUUAACUGUCAUGGCUCCGUGCUAAGGAAACCGUGAAGUUCUAGUUUUGCAAGGUCUUUAGCCUUCUCUUUUAAAUGGUGCUAGUGCCUUCCCCAUGACAAAACCCAUGAUUCCAAAGCAUUAGUUCAUUGCAAUUAAAGUGGUGUCAAUCUACAUUAAUUCUACAGCACAGAUGCACCCUGAGAAGACAUGACUCAUUAGAAGAGACAACAAUGUCUGGCAGGAGAAGAAGACUAUACAUAUUCUGGAUGCGGGAUAUCUGUAAGGAGGCUGGAUGGCCAUUUGUCCAGAAUGCUUGGAUUGUGUAUUCCUGUAUGAUAGAUUUGGGUUGGACUGGAUGGCCCUCGUAGUCUUUCCAACUGUAUAUUCUGUGAAUCUAUGAUUAUACAACAAUCACAGAAUAUACCAUGCAAAUGGAUUCCAUGUCUAAUCAAUGCUGAAUAUAUUAAUGUACACAUGGACCACUCAAGGUGGUUUUCUUGCCCUGGGAUUCUUGUCCCCAGCCUGAAGACAACAAGGUCCAGGGACUUAAGAUGGAUAUACACUGUAGAAAUAAUGCAGUUUGACAUUUAUUAUUUAUUUUAUUUUAUUUACAGUAUUUAUAUUCCGCCCUUCUCACCCCGAAGGGGAUUCAGGGCGGAUCACAUUGUACACAUAUAAGGCAAACAUUCAAUGCCAAAUAACAUAGAACAGAGACAGAGACAGACGCAGAGGCAAUUUAAACCUUCUCCAUCUUCCAGCUUCCUGAGGGUAUGCUUGAUUCCAGCCACACGGGGAGCAGCUGCUUCAUCAUCCACUGUGACGGCAACUUCCUCAUUCCAACGGUGGCUGGAUUAUUUUUUUAUGGUGUCAUAAAUUAGCCUCCCCACAUAUAAGUGGUACCUAAAUUUCCUAUGUGAUAGAUGCAACUAUCUUUCAGGUUGCAUAGGUUAGCAACGAGCAGGGGCUAUAUUUUAUUUUAAUUGUCGGGUGCUCACCCCAACACGGGCUGGCCUCGAACUCAUGACCUCUUGGUCAGAGUGAUUUAUUGCAGCUGGCUGCUAAGCCAGGGCUUUAGUUGCCAUGGGCCAAUUCUAUGGCAUGUUGGGAGUUGUAGUUUUAUAAUGUCUUUUGCCUUUUCUGCCAAAGAAAUGGGCUUCACCAAACUAUACAUCCCCAAAACUCCAUAGCAUAGAGCUGUGGCAGUUAAAGUAGUGUGUUACCUGUGUUAUAUUUUCAGUGCAGAUGCACUCUGAGGGUCAGGAACUGAGAUCUAAGAGACUUACUUGGGUAAUGGCUUCACCUGAAACCUUGCAGAAGGACAUGGGUAUUUGCAGAAAUCCUUCCUUUUACACUGCAAUUUGAGAUGCCAGUGUUUCUUCAGGGAGUGUUUGUGGAAAUUCUCUCUUAGCUGACUGAUGAGCGAAGGCCACCGAGACAAGCAUGGUCAUUAUCUGCUCCAGUAAAGACAGCUCAGGCUCAGCAAUUGCCUCCUGGAGUCAUGGCUUGGCAAACAGGGCAAUGUACUUUUCAGAUGGAUGUAUGAAGGGGAAAAAUGUCACCUGUGCAGUCACCGUGGAAACCUCUUUGGGGUUCUGAUCAGUUCAAGGAAAGGUUUUUGCAAUGGAGCAAAACCUACCGUUCAAGGAGAAGGGAGUCAGAACUGCAGAGGAAAAGAUCCUGGUUGUCUCUCAUUAUAUCAUUCUCCCCUCCUUCCUCCUCCAGCAUGACCAAAACUGUGACAAAACAUCACAAUAUUGCAAGAUCUAGCAGACAGAAUAGAGACGGGGAGAGACCAGAGCUGAAAUGUUUCUGAAUAUUUUUCAAGGAGCUGUCCAAAAAUGCUGAAUCUGUUCGAGGGACAGAGUUCAGCACAUUGGAGAAUUCCUUUAAAGUUGGCAUUGGAACCCAGAGAGGGUUUGCCACCCAAUUGACAGGAAAACAAACCAUAAAGAUUGCUCAUCCCCAUAACAAUCCUGUAUCUGUGACCAUUCUUGUACCAGUUUGCACUUUUUAUCUUUGUGAACUUGAUGUAGACAGAGGGUCUAUUCCCAUCCCAAUUUGCACUUCCAAGAAUUUGCAGCACUUUAUCAGUCACCUCGUGUUUACAAUAUUUAUAUGGUGCACCUUACCCAGUCUACUUUUACAACCUCUCCGUUUUAAUCCAUGUUUUUAUUAGUUCUUGUCAUUUGUUUUUAUUGGCUAAUGUUUAAAUGUUUAUAAUUGUGCAUGUCUUUUGUCUAUUGUUGUGUUUUAUAUUGCUAUUGUUUUUAUUCAGGCUUGGCCCCAUGUAAGCCGCCCUGAGUCCCCUUUGGGGAAAUAGAGGCGGGGUAUAAAAAUAAAGUUGCUAUUAUUAUUAUUAUUAUUAUUAUUAUUAUUAUUAUUAUUAUUAUUAUUACAAGACAUACCUGUAUUUUCUCAUUUAGGACUGAGUUUCACUGAUGCACAAUGUGAACAUCUGAAUAGUUCCCUUGCUUUGCUGCCCGACAAAAGCAUUGUUUGGACUACAGAUACCAACAGAUAUAAAUAGAUGUAUUCCUUCCAGCUGGCAAGGAGAAAUUAUCUGUAAUCUGAGCCUUGAAUUAGAAGAAAUUAAUAAAAGUAACUGCCAACACUGGAGAUUGCAUUUCCCCCCUCAAUUUUGUAUUCAUAAGGAAGAAACUCUUUCUUGUUCCAUCCAAGGCAGAUGAACAUGUGAGCAUGGGUUUAAAUUGCCUCUGCGUCUGUCUCUGUCUCUGUUCUAUGUUAUAUGGCAUUGAAUGUUUGCCUUAUAUGUGUACAAUGUGAUCUGCCCUGAGUCCCCUUCGGGGUGAGAAGGGCAGAAUAUAGAUACUGUAAAUAAAUAGAAAUAUUGUUGCUUUAAAGUUUUGGCUUUCGAGACCAAUUUGAAUAUGGAUUAAAACAUGUGUGACAUUAAUGGAGUCAAACUGUGGAAAGGGUUCUGUGUGCUGGAGCUGGAAUAUAGCCCUCAUGUGGCUUCCAACAGUUGCAGUGAAGUUUUUCAUCAAGAUGAUGGGUGAUGUGCAGCAAAGAAGGGCAAUGCGGGAUGAAUCUGACACUCUUGAAAGUCACUCUCUACUGUUGGCAGCUUUUUCCUCAUUAGAGAUUAAAAUGCCUCUGACCGGAGAUUCACCCAUUUCUGGACUGGGUGAUGGAGCGCUUGGGAAGAUAGAAGAGACAACUGCCAAGACGUAGAGUCAGCCGUGAUGCAUUGCAGUCACAAAUCUGCUUCUGUAGCUAUUGUAUAUCCGGAAUGUUAGAAUAGAAAUAUGUGAAAGAUUCCCCAUAGACACAUCUGGUUUUGGCAUUUGAGAAGGAUGAAAAUCUCUCCAUUUUUAUUAUCUUCACCUGGAAGGAUGAAUAGUUUCCAUAUUAUUCUCUCUGCUGAUCCCUGUGCACUGUUUUCCCAGGACAGGUUGAACAUCCACUGAAAUAUUCCAAAAUUGUCCACAUGGGUAGCUGAGAUAGUGACACCGUUGCUUUCUUGAAUGCACACAAACUUUGUGUCAUGCACAAAAUUGUUAAAAAUAAUGUAUUAUUUCUCCCAGGGUGGGAGAAAGAACAGACAAGAAUUCAUUCUCCCACCCUGGACAUUCCACACACACAUAUAUAAGCCCCACUUGCCGAGUUUCCAACAGACUUCGCAACCUCUGAGGAUGCCUACCAUAGAUGUGGGCAAAACAUCAGGAGAGAAUGCUUCUGGAACAUGGCCACAUAGCCUGGAAAACUCACAGCAACCCAGUGAUUCGGCCAUGAAAGCCUUCAACAACACAAUGUAUUAAAGUGCUGAGUAUAUAAAACACAAAUUAAUGUGUUUUAGACAUUGAUCCCAUCUCCAAGAUACUUAAUUAUAUACAUAUAUGCAAGUACAGAUAUUCCAAAAUCUGAAAUACAAAACACUUUUGGUCCUAAGCAUUUGAGAUAAGGGAUAUUAUUCAACAUGAACUCACACUUUCCAGAGCCUUUCAUAGAUUCUUUCAAGGAAGGAAGGAAAGAAGGAAUCAGAUUGUAACCCAACCAAUCUAGUAUAUAUUAUUUCCUACGCUUUUGCCACUAAGUGCAUUAAGAAGAGAAAAAAGAAUGCUAAGUUAGUUAUUUCUGGCAACGUAAUGACUUGGAGAGGUUCUCCUUUCCCCCAUCAUUUGAGAUUCUCAUCAGGAGGAGCACUGCAGAGAAUACCUGGUAUCUUUUGACGUCCCCACUAUGAGGACGUAUUUUUUUGCUUAAUGCCUCCUUCCUCAUCUUCCCUAAAUCCAAUUAAAAGCCCAUAUUAUGUCAGUGGAAAUUUAUGCCAAUCCUAAUAUAGUCUAAUAAGCCUUAAAAUAGCACGCGACUCGUGAGAAGCCCUGCGGUUUAAUUUGAUUCUCAGUCUAAUAACAGACUUCAUCUGAAGCACCUCCUCCCCUUUCCCACUUCUGUUUCUUCCACAGCUCUCUAUGAUUCCUUUUUUCUUCUUCUUCUUGGAAUGGAAGUGGUUGUUUUUGUAUAUUUCAGUUGAAGGAAAAUGGAAACAUGGUCUAUUUUCAUCCCAUGCUGUUGUCCUAGUUGGGACCUGGUACAGUUCUGUCUGUGGCAAGACCAUAUGUUGAACCAAUCAUGCCAUUAGUUGAUUCAUAAGGCACUUUGCAAUGAUCACCCUUUGAGCUUGAGGAGCCACAGUCUUGGCUUUGAGUGCAUUUACACUUCACUUUACACUUUGAGUGCAUUUACACACAGUGUGGCUUGUUGGAAUCUAGACUAUCCUCAUAUGUAAGCACAUUUGUGCUGAGAAGAUUAUGGGCACGUAUAGUUGGCCAUCCAGUCCAUCCCCACUGUGCAGUGUAGGAAGGCACAUCCAGCCUCUGUUUAGAAGUCUCCAGAGGACAUUCCACCACUGUCCCAGACAGCAGCAUAUUCCAUAGUCAAGCAGCUCUUGCCAUCAGUUUUUCAUGAAACUGCUAGGCAUUCUCAUUGUCUUUCUCCUCCAAGAAAGAUGAUUUGAUCCUUUCAGGAGUAGUAAUGUCCAAUGGCCUACAAUGUCCACUCAAUCUGGAUCCAGUUUGAAGCAUUAUGCAGCAUUGCAUUGAAGUCCUGCUGGACCAAGAUCACAUCGGUCCCACCUUGUCCUCCAUUUUGCUGACCCAGCUCUUUCCCAGCCUUAGAGUGUCGCACCUCAGGCUAGCUUCACCCUGCUAAAGACACCAAGCCACACACAGGAAGUAGUCUUUUGUAGUUUAUUUAGAAAAUAGGCAAAAGAUAGUUCAUAAAAGGUAAAGGUUCAGUUCCAGAAGAUAGAUACAAAACGAGGCUGUGAGCAAUUAGUCCAUAGAAACAUAGAGCACGAAACAAGGUCCUUUUCAUAGAAGCCAAAAGUCCCAGCAAACAGAAUAUCUCCACAUGGUAAUACAGGAAAGCAAACUUGGUACAGGAAAGCAGACUUGAUUCUUGAUCUAGUGAUGAAGUUGCAUUGACAGAGAUCUCUCUUCCAGCAGACUGUUUUAAAAGCAUGACAUAAAGGCAUUCCUUUGAUCUUUGACCUCCCGUUUAUUAGCUACGGAAGACUUCUCUGCAGCCCUCUAAAUUCCAGUCUUGUAGCCUGAUCGAGAUCCUCAGAGUCAAGGCCGCUGAGCUCGUUACUGUUAUCAGGUGGAGGCAAAGCGCUAUCCUCCCUUUCUGCUUCCUGCACCUGAAAUUCCUCAUUAGAAACAACAUCAUGAUUUAUUCCCAUGGGAACAACUCCCUGCUCUUCAUUUCCCACAACCAAAAUGCUCCUAUAAUUCCCAGCAUCAGAGUCAUCUUCAAAUUCAUCCUGAAUCCCAUCAUUAUGCCCAUAUAACCCAGAAUCCUCAUCAGAGUAACACAAAGGCAAAGGCUGAGUCACAAAAUAGAGUUCCUUGCAAACACCUGGUCUUGCCUGUCAUGUCUGGAGAUAUAAACAUUGGAUGCCCACAUGAUGAGCAAAGGGAGGGUAGAGUGACCCCUUCCCUCUUGCUGGUCAUGCUGGUGCCCUAUUCUGCCAACAGCAGAUGAACACAGGAAAAUCCAUGGCUGGUGGAAAGAAGAAGCAGCAACAAAGGGUCAAACCAUCCCCUUUUGCCUUCUGAUGAUCAGCUCAGGUCAAAGGUGAUGAUGGUGAUAUCAGUCUGGAUCUAAUCCAGCUGUCCAGACGGCCAGGAAGCCUGCAGAUACCCAGAGCUUUCUGCAAACUCUGGAAUGACCUCUGACUUUGGUUAAAACAUGGCAAAGUCAGGCUAAGGGCCAAAACCUCGGAAUACUCACUGGACAUCACUAUGUGUUGUGCACAUAGCCAGACUGGAUGUGAGAUGAAUCCAGAGGUGCAUUGACAUUACAGUGUACAUGUAGCCCUAGUGUUUAUUUCAUGUAGACAAGUGUUAAAGCGCUGAGCUGCUGAACUUGCAGUCCGAAAGGUCCCAGGUUCAAAUCCGGGGAGUGGAGUGAGUGUUCACUGUUAGCUCCAGCUUCUGCCAACCUAGCAGUUUGAAAACAUGCAAAUGUGAGUAGAUCAAUAGGUACCGCUCCGGUGGGAAGGUAACAGCAUUCCAUGCAGUCAUGCCUAUGGCCACAUGACCUUGGAGGUGUCUACAGACAACGCCGGCUCUUUGGCUUAGAAAUGGAGAUGAGCAUCAAACCCCAGAGUCAGACAUGACUGGACUUAACAUCAGGGGAAACCUUUACCUUUACCUUUACUAGACAAGCCCUUUGUUUCUUCUCAAAAGAAGCAACGAUUAAUAUUAUCACUUUCCCUCUUGAUUGCUUUGGGAAGAAACUAAGGGCUUGUCUACAUGAAACCCUUUCACAAUUCCGGACUUAUGCUCAAAAAUCACAUGCGGCGGUUUUGCCAGAAAGCAGUGUUUUCUGCACGCAAAAUACAGUUUUUUAUGGAGAAAAUAAUAUUCAAAUUGUUGAAAUUCCUGAUCUAUAUUCAAAGGUAGACUAAUAAUAAUAAUUUAUUACCUGCCUCUUUAUUUGGCUCUAGGUGAGGCACAGCUUGUAUCAUGUAUUUGCGUACAGUUUACGACUAAUAAGUGCAACAAGCCAGUCACUGCUACCUUGAUUCAGGUAUUAGCAGUUGGGUAUCAAUAGUGAAAUUUGGUGUUCCUAGUUCUCUUUAAUGUAAUUCCUAGACAUUUGAAGCCUUCAUGGUUAAACAAGUGAGAUGGACAGAGGUCUGAAAUAGUAUCAAAGCUGAAGCUAAUAUGGUUGUGGUGGUUCCAGUGAUAGUGCCUGGUGAUUUUGUUUUGUUUUUCUUGCAGAGUGUUGAAAGGAAAGAGGUUUUCAAACAACUUUUCCAAGUGUCACUUGGACUACAACUCCUGCUCUCUCCUUGGCAUCUUAGCUCACAGUGAUUGGGGAUGAUGGGAGGCAUGAGCACAGAGAAAAGCUGUUCUGAAAGUGUCAGUCUCUCCUGGUUAAAAGAGAAAUCUUAUUUGGAAAGGAUUCCAAGAUGCAUUUAUUUCUGAGUCGUGAAGAAUUAAGGAGCAGGACUAGGAUUUUUGCCUUUUGAAUUACAAUGUCUGUUUAGGAGGCAUUAAAUGUUAACAAGAUUUUUUUUGAAUAAAUACCUCCAGUAUCUAACAGCUCUUUGCUUAAGUCUUCUGUGCCUACAUCAAAUGUUCCUAUUAUCACUUCUCUGGCUAAAACAGUAAUGACUUACAGUUUCAAAAAUCCCCUCUUAAUUCCCUUGCCCAGCGUUGUCACAGAUACAAUGUCACCAAAGUCUACACAUUUUCUUUGCCUGUGGAGUUAAAGAACCCAGCUGGCAUUGGGGGGACGAUUACGGUGCCGGCAUGUCUAAUUUCCAACGGCUCAAGUCUGUGCCCGGAUUUGGCGUCUUCCUUUUAGAUGUGUGGCACAUGACAGAACAACUUGCUCUGGUGCCCAAGUGUUUGCUGGCACAAGGGGAUUUGAAUCCCAUGCUUGUUUGUGCCCAGGCUUUUUUGGAGGGGGGAGGAGGACUGACACGGCGGGGUGGGGCUGCCUGGCUGGCAUUCCUCUCCCCUUAGCCUCGCUUGCGGCAGUCUGUUGCAUUAAGGAGGCUUUGUAAAGGAACUAAUCCUCCAACGUGGCUCAGACUGGCAAAGCUGCUGCUUCCAUUCAAGAACGAUUUGGGGACCAGGAACAGCCUGCAUACAAUCGAUUUCCUCACCUUUUUUUUUUUUUUUUGCCAUUAUUUGCAUUGCAUGGCUUCCACUGGCACAGGCUAUAUUGUUUUGUUGGGUUUGCCCAAAGUGUGUGUAUGUGGGCUAUCCAAGAAGGUGAGCGGGAUUUGGGGCUAGCCUGGCAUAGAAUCAUAGCACUGGAAGAGCCCACAAGAGUCAUCCAGUCCAACCCCAUUUUGCCAUAUGGGAACACACAAUUCAAGUAAUCCCAGAUACCAUUUUCCCCACAAAUGUGAUGCCACUGAUUUGGUUUGAUCCUGCUUUUCAUUUUUCUCACUUUCUGCCAUAGUCUAUUGACAGACUAGAGAGAUGGGCCGAAACUAACAAAAUGAAGUUCAACAGGGACAAAUGCAAGAUACUUCACUUCGGCAGAAAAAAUGGAAAUCAAAGAUACAGAAUGGGGGACGCCUGGCUUGACAGCAGUGUGUGCGAAAAAGACCUUGGAGUCCUUGUGGACAACAAGUUAAACACGAGCCAACAAUGUGAUACGGCAGCUAAAAAAGCCAAUGGGAUUCUGGCCUGCAUCAAUAGGGGAAUAGCGUCUAGAUCCAGGGAAGUCAUGCUCCCCCUUUAUUCUAUUCUGCCUUGGUCAGACCACACCUGGAAUCACAUUGUGUCCAAUUCUGGGCACUGCAGUUGAAGGGAGAUGUUGACAAGCUGGAAUGUGUCCAGAGGAGGGCAACUCAAAUGAUCAAAGGUCUGGAGAACAAGCCCUAUGAGGAGCGGCUUAAAGAGCUGGGCAUGUUUAGCCUGCAGAAGAGAAGGCUGAGAGGAGACAUGAUAGGCAUGUACAAAUACGUGAAGGGAAGUCAAAGGGAGGAGGGAGCAAGCUUGUUUUCUGCUGCCCUGCAGACUAGGACACGGAACAAUGGCUUCAAACUACAGGAAAGGAGAUUCCACCUGAACAUCAGGAAGAACUUCCUCACAGUGAGGGCUGUUCGGCAGUGGAACUCUCUCCCCCGGACUGUGGUGGAGGCUCCUUCUUUGGAGGCUUUUAAGCAGAGACUGGAUGGCCAUCUGUCUGGGGUGCUUUGAAUGCGAUUUCCUGCUUCUUGGCAGGGGGUUGGACUGGAUGGCCCAUGAGGUCUCUUCCAACUCUACUAUUCUAUGAUUCUAUGAUUCUAGCGUGGAGCAACGCUUACUCUACAGAUACAUUUCCCAGAAUUCAUAGUAUCAUAGAUUCAUAGAGUUGACCACAAAAUAACAAUAAUAAUAAUAAUAACAACAACAACAACAACAACAACUUUAUUUUUGUAUGCCGCCUCCAUCUCCCCAUCAGGGGCUCGGAGCGGCUCACAUGGAGCAGCUAAGCCCAACACAUCAUAUAACAUUAUAAAAUGAACAGUUAAGACAAACAUCAACUAAUUACACAAGUCUCAUAGGACCAUAGGUAAGGAAAGGGACCUCCAAAAGCCAUAUAGAUGGUCUCAUAAGGCCGUAGCUAAGUAAAGAGACCUUCAAAGACCAUCUAGACGAUCUUAUAAGACCAUAGGUAAGCAAAGAGACCUCCAAAGACCAGGUAGACUGAAAUCAACCCUAAGUCUAAAGUUUAGGACAGGGGCCAGGGAAAUGACCUUGGAGGGCCGCAUCCAGCCCACGGGCCUUAGUUUGGGGACCCCUGAUCUAAGGGAUCCCACCCAAUGUUAUAGCUCUCCAUGAUGGGGAGAAUGGCAUCUCAUUAACUCCCAUCAGUUACAAAUAUAACUGUUACAAAUAUAAUUGAAUUUUCUGGGAAGAGCUGGAGAUGAUGGAGAUGGAGAUAGAUCAUGUGCAAUGGUUUGAACACUGGACUGCAACUCUGGAAACAUGAGUUUUGUAUCCCUGCCUAGCCACGAAGCUGGCUAACCUUGGGCAAGUCUCUCUCUCUGCCUCAGAUGCUACCUCUUCUGACCACAUUGUUGGGGCCAAGCCAAAGAAGUAAAAACUUAAUCAGAAAGCAUUCAUGAUAAAUUGGAGAAAUAAUUAGUCUUUGGCUAAGAUCCAAAAGAACUUGGAAAGCUUGAGGUCAACUUGGCCUUAGAUAAUAAUUAGGUAGAGUGAGUAAUGAGAGAAGAAUUACGGAUGAGCCAAAUGUGGAAGGCGCCUUUUACAUAACCAAUCUGUAACUUUCAAUAACACAUAUCCAUUUCACCUGCAAACCAAUUACAGAGCUUGCUCACACAUAUGAAUUGUAUUGUUAAAAGAACCAUAAAAUAUUAUAGCCCAGAGGUAUUCAGGGCCUGAGAUUUGCCUAAGUGUCCUGGGCUUUUGCUGCACAGUAAAAUAAAUAAAUACCCACUGCAGAGACUCAGUUAUGUGUUAAGGUGCCUCAGACAUGAGCCUCAUAAAGGGAAAGAUACAAAGGUCCUGAAAGGUCAGUUGUGACAAACGUUUGACAAGGAAAUCCUGUGAUAGUUUCACCUUGGGAUCACCAUAGGCCAGCUACAAUUUGCCCCCUUACCAUACUCUGAUGUAGCUUAGCCACAAGUGACCCAGUUCCAAAGUGUGAAAUGUAUAAUGAUACAUAAAAUCCUAGAGUCCUAGACUUGGAAGAUCUCAAGAGCCAUCCAAUCCAACCCCUUGUCAUAUAGGAACACACAAUCAGAACAUUCCCAACAGAUGCCAUCCAGCUUCUACUUAAAAACAUCCAGAGAAGGAGACUCCAACAUGCUCCAAGAAUAUGCUUAUUUUGCUGUCAAACACCUCAUACUGUCAGGAAAUUCUUCCUAAUGUUCCAGUAGAUUUUAUUUCCUGAAAUUUGAAUCCAUUGCUCUAUGUCCUAAUCUCCAGAGCAGCAGAAAACAUGCUUUCCCUCUCCUCAAUGUGGCAUCCUUUCAGAUAUUUAAACAGGGCUGUCAUGCCCCACCAGAUCCUCAUAUGGAUUCAUGGUUUCCACACCUUUCAUCAUUUUGGUCACCCUUCUCUGGAAACUUUCCAAGUUGUCAAUAUCCUUCUUGAAUUAUGGUGCUCAGAACUGGGAAGGUCUGAACAACUUAGAAUAGAGCAGGACUAUGACUUCCCUCGAUCUAGAUCAUUAGUUCCCAACCUUUGGUCUGCCAGGUGUUUAUUUAUUUAUUUAUCUAUCUAUCUAUUUAUAGUAUUUAUAUUCCGCCCUUCUCACCCCGAAGAGGAUUCAGGGCAGAUUACAAUGAACAUAUAUAGGCAAACAUUCAAUGCCAUCAGACAAACAACAUGCAGUAUAGACACACACAGAGGCAAUUUAACAUUUCCAGCUUCAUGAGGGUACACUCGAUUCCGGCCACAGGGGGAGCAGUUGCUUCACCGUCCACUAGUGACACUGAGUACUGUACUUCCUCAUUCCUUUCCAUUUGCUGCUGGCAGUUUUAUGGUGUUGUAAAUUAGUUAAAUUAGCCUCCCGCAUAAAGCGUACCAAAAUUUCCUAGUUGACAGAUGCAACUGACUUUCGGGCUGUUUAGGUAAACAGCAAGUCGGGCUAUUUAAUGGUCGGGGGCUUAACCUGACCCGGCCUUCAAACUCAUGGCCUCUUAGUCAGUAGUGAUUUAUUGCAGCUGGCUACUAACCAGUCAUGCUGGCCACAUGACCUUGGAGGUGUCUACGGACAACGCCAGCUCUUCGGCUUAGAAAUGGAGAUGAGCACCAACCCCCAGAGUCGGACACAACUGGACUUACUGUCAGGGAAAACCUUUACCUUUUACCUUACUAACCAGCUGCGCCACAGCCCGGCCCAUAGAGCUUCAAUUUCCAGAAAUCUCGGCCAGUUUACCAGCUGUUAGGCAUUGUGGGAGCUGAAGUCCAAAACACCUGGAGGGCCAAAGUUUGGGAACCGCUGAUACUAGACUCCUAUUGAUGUAGCCUAGAAUUGCAUUGUUUUUUCUACCUGCCACAGCAUGAUGUUGACUCAUGUUCAGCUUGUGGUCUACUAAAACUCUUAGAUCUCUUUCACAUGAACUUCUUUGAAGCCAGAUGUUAUCCAUUCCUGUUACAAAGCAUACAAAAAUACACGUUGAGCAUCACUUAUCUGGCAUUUCAAAAUACUCCAAAAUCCAAAAUUGUCCUGAGAGUGAGGGACAGUUCAAUAUACACAAACUUGGUUGAUGUACAAUAUUGUUGAAAAGGUCAUGUGGCCGGCAUGACAGCAUGGAAUGCCGUUACCUUCCCACCAGAGCAGUACCUAUUGAUCUACUCACAUUUGCAUGUUUUCGAACUGCUAGGUUGGCAGAAGCUGGAGCUAACAGUGGGUGCUCACUCCGCUCCCUGGGUUUGAACCUGGGACCUUUUGGUCUGCAAGUUCAACAGCUCAGCGCUUUAACACACUGAGCCACCGGAGGCUCCAGUAGCAACAAUAAUAGAGAAAAAAAUAAAAGUAAUAAUACCAAUAAUAAUAGAGAAAAAUAAUAAAUGUACCAUAUAUUCUUGAGUAUAAGCUGACCCAAAUAUAAGCCAACCAGGACCCCCGCCCAAGUAUAAGCCAAGGGGGGCUUUUUCAGUCUUAAAAAAAAGGGAUGAAAAACUAGGCUUAUACUCGAGUAUAUACAGUAAUAAGUUUAACAGUCAAAUUAUUCACUGAACUUAUUUAUUUUCUAUUUUGUAUCUAAGUGGGCUAUUUGUGUUGAGAAUGGAUACUCAAUCUGUAGUAAUCAAAGAGAAAAUAUAAUGUUAAACAUGGCGUAAAGUGUGUGUCUUUUGUACAUAAAGUGGGACGCAAACAUAGGGUGCUAGGCAUUGAUUUGAUGGCCAUCGACUUACCACCAAUUUCGCUAUACAGAUGUAUGAAACCCAAGUAAAAAGUUCCUAGAAAGCCUUGUAUCUGCAAAGCAUCCAGGUGAAGCCUGAAGUCCUCGCACAAGGCCAGUUGUCAAGGCGACGGCGCGGGCCCUUGAGCUAUUCAGCGACAAGCUCUGCUGUCGGAUUAGAGAGGGACGCUUUUUUAUUAUUAUUCCCAUUAUAAUAGAAUCAUAGAGUUGGAAGAGACCACAAGGGCCAUCCAGUCCAGUGCUUGUUUGGGAUCGCGCUCUCUGCAUCUAUUGGCUGCCUAUAAUCCGAAUUGUGCCUCUAAGACAAGAUGCACACCAAUGCUCCCGUGCCUUCAUUCACAUCUGGAAGGGAAAGGGAGCAGACUUCCUUCCCCUUUUCCCCUUUCUUCCCUUGCGCUUGUUGCAUAGUCGGCCAAUUAUCCCAAGUAGUGACAAGGAGGAAAAAAAAUGAAUUAGCCGAAGCUUUGUAAUGUCAGCGUUAUUUAUCUUUCAUAAGCUCGCCCGGCUCAGCUGCGGAUCAGCAAAGGAGCGCCUUUAUUCCUCCGGCCGGGCUUUGAUCCUGCUUUCUUUGCAGCCUCUUGAUACGCUCCCUUUGCUCCAUCAUUACAAAAUCUUUUUCUUCUGGGAGGAGAAGGAGAAGGCAGAGGGAUUGGGCCUGGCAGGAGUGGCCAUGGCAUCCAUGCAUCCGCAUGGCCAUGUGUCCCCCCCCCUUCCUUAAUUCCCCCCAUAGCCAAGAUAAUAAAAUCACUCGGUUUGGUUUAUUUUCUGUGAUCUCUCCUGCUCUUUCACAAAGGAAAAGAAAGGUGCUGAUUCUGAUAAGAACUCCUGCUACGUUCUUUCUUCUCUCUCCCUCCCAAUCCUGGUACAUAUUUUGCUGCUGGUGGAAGCACUCUCUUUUUAACUAUUAUAAUAGAGAUUUUUUCCCCCUCCUAGAUGAGAAAGAAUGCUUGUUAAUGAGGAUGGCAACUGAAGAGACAAAAGUGAAGAAGGCAAAGGGAGGGAUAGGGUAAAUUUACACUAUGCAAUUGGUGCCAUUUGGUGCCACUUUAACUGCUGUAGCUCAAUGUUGUGUGACAAUAAGAGUUGUACCGUAUAUACUCGAAUAUAAGCCAACCCGAAUAUAAGCCGAGGCAUCUAAUUUUACCCCAAAAACCUGGGAAAUCAUUGACUCCAGUAUAAGCCGAGGGUGGUAAAUUUCAGAAAUAAAAAUAGAUACCAAAAAAUUACAUUAAUUGAGGCAUCAGUAGGUUUGUUUUUGAACCAUGUCAGAUGUCUAGUGAAGUUGACUCCAGAGGUUUUGGACAUCAACUCCCAGCCAUUCCUAGCAACAGGACAAAUGCAACAGUUAUAGUCCAAAACAUUUGGAUAAGCAGAACUUCCUGAUCCCUGUUUCAGAGACUAGGUGUUUUCAUCUCUUCUGGAGAUCCGCAGAGAAAUUGACAGAGUCUUUUUCUCCUUAUUAACCCAUCACUCACUUAAUUAACAAAAGCUCAACUGAGAUGAUAUUUUGAAGAAAGUGACAGGUGAUUAUUUAAUAAACAUACAUUUCCACUCCUUGUUAGAAAAAAUGCAAUUAAAAACCAAAUCCUGUCUUCCUUAUAAAAAGGAAUUGUGCACACCGUAUAUACUUGAGUAUAAGCCGACCCAAAUAUAAGUCAAGGCACCUAAUUUUACCACAAAAAAACCUGUGAAAUCAUUGACUCCGGUAUAAGCCGAAGGUGAUCAAUUUCAGAAAUAAAGAUAGAUACCAAAAAAUUACAUUAAUUGAGGCAUCUGUAGGUUAAAUGUUUUUGAAUAUUUAUAUCAAGCUCUAAUUUAAGAUAAGACUGUCUAACUCUGAUUAAAUCGUUAUUCUCGUCUUCUUCAAUGUAAAUGUGCUUAUGUAUCCUUUUAAUAAUAAUAGAAUAAAAUAAUACAUGUAAUAAAUACAGGAAAAUAAUACAUGUAAUAAUAAAUAGAGUAAAAUAAUAAAUGCAAUAAUAAUAAGAUCAGAGUGAAAUAAUAAAUGUAUUAUUAUUAUUAAUAAUAAUAAUAAUAAAAAUAGAGUAAAAUAAAUGUAAUAGUAGCAACAAUAAUAGAGUACAAUAAUAAAUUUAAUGAUAAUAGAGUAAAAUAAUAAAUGUAAUAAUAGCGAUAAUAAUAGAGAAAAAUAAUAAAUGUACCAUAUAUUCUCAAGUAUAAGCUGACCCAAAUAUAAGCCAACCAGGACCCUCACCCGAGUAUAAGCCGAGGGGGGCUUUUUCAGUCUUAAAAAAAGGGCUGAAAUCUAGGCUUAUACUCGAGUAUAUACAGUAGUUUUUGCAACAUCUUUAGAGUUGCAAAAAUUUCCCCAAACUCCAUAGCAUUGACCCAUGACAGUUAAAGUGGUAUCAAACUGCAUUAAUUCUACAGUGUAGAUGCACCCCCUGGUGUUGCAGAGGGAGUAACAUAAUUUGUGUUGUUUGACCGAGAAUGUAUUGCCCUUCCCUACAAAACAGUGUUUCAUGGCACCCAAGACUCUCCUUAAGCAUAUAUAGAUUGGGUGUUGUGUGUUUUCCAGGCUGUGUGGCCAUGUUCCAGAAGUAUUCUCUCCUGACUUUUUGCCCACAUCUAUGGCAGGUAUCCUCAUAGGUUGUGAGGUAUCAUACAUGGCCAUACAGCCCGGAAAACACACAACAACCAUGUGAUUCCGGUCAUGAAAGCCUUCGACAACACAUGUAUAGAUUGAUUUCCUUUUGUGAAAUGUGCCUCUGUGCACCGUGGAAUCAGGGCCUGUUUGCACCAAGAUGUUCUAGCCCUCUGAUUCUGCUUUGAUUGGCAUGGCAUCCAUGGCAUCCUGGGAUUAGAAUACUGUAAUGGGAAUAUUUCCUAUUGUGUGCCUUCAAGUCAUUUCUGAAUUAUAGCAAACCUAUGGCAGAGUUGUGUGGUGCUUUCUGGGCAAGAUUUCAUAGGGUAGUGGUGAUGGUGGCAUUUUUGCUUGCUUGAGGAUAAAAGUGUGAGGCUUGACUAGCCCAAGGUUUCCAUGCCUUUCCAUGGCUGAGUGGAGAGCAGUUGUUCCCAAACUUUUUUUGACCAGGGACUACUUUCCAACAUUAGUAUCAAAAGGGUUACAAAUCGUUUUGGUCAACUUUAGAUUUGGUUUGGUUAUUUGGGGUACUGAUUCAGAAAAUUGCAUUGGCUAGACCACAUCAGCUCUAGUUUCUGAUACAGAACAGAUGCCAUCCAGUAGUAGCCAUCUGCUCGCCCAUAGAAAACCAUAUUUAAUAAUCUAGAGCUGACAUGGUUUAUCCAAUGCAAUUUUCUGAAUCAGCACCCCAAAUAACCCCAGGAAUAGGUUUAAAAAUGAGGACAUCAAGGUGCCCCCGCUUCAAGGUGCACAUGGAACAGCUCCACUUAGGAGGAAGGAGGAGGAGAAGCAGCAAUCAGGAGGCUUAUCGGGUUGUUGUGUGUUUUCCGGGCUGUAUGGCCAUGUUCAAGGAGCAUUUGCUCCUGAUGUUUCAUCCACAUCUAUGGCAGACAUCCUCAGAGGUUGUGAGGAGGCUUAUUGUCAUGCCUUUUGUGGGUAGUCAGCCUCUCCCCUCCCAACAUCCCCAUUUUUUUUGUGUCAGGAGCAACUUAAGAAACUGCAAGUCACUUCUGGUGUGAGAGAAUUGGCCAUCUGCAAUGACAUUGCCCAGGGGAUGCCCGGAUGUUUUAGCCAACUUAACAUCCCCGUUGCCUUGGCAUUAUAAGAGAGUUUCGCGAGAUUAGUAGGUCUUGUUGCAAUGGUGUAGUAACAGCGAGGCUGUGCACCAUAUUUUAGUUCUUGGGGACCACUGGUGAUCCACGAACCACAGGUUGGGAACCACUGCUCUAGAAUAAUAGUCCAAAGGUCCCCCAUAGAAGUCAUUUGUGGGCGUUUUGAAGCAAUUGGUUUUUUUUGUAAAUAAACGUCUUGCAUAGAUAUGUGUGCAUGCGCAUAAAUUAUAUAUACUGUAUAAUCUUCUUGGGGGUGUAGGGAAUGCAACCCAUAGACUAAACUUUGCCCACCCAUAUUGUACGGUGUAUGUGGGAACAGCCAUAGAUUUGUAAAUUGUAGCGUGUAAAAAUGACAUUGUACAUCACUUUGAACCCUACAAUUUGUUAUGGGCAAAGGGUUUGGUACAACGGUCUAACAGAAAUGCCUUGGAAGGUUAUUUCAGUUAGACUUGCUACAGAGAGAGGUGUAAUGCAUGUUGUUUAGAGUGUUAAAAAUCAAUGCACAAAUUGGGAGAGAGAGAGAAGGCCAGCAAAAUGUUUUUUUUUUUUAAUGGAUGUCUAGCCUCCUCCUCCUCCCCUUUCUCCCUAGGUCUCUGUCUCUCUCUCAGCUGAUAAGCAAAGCCAUUUGGAGAACAGCUGUUCCCAACCGGGUCAAAUCUUAAAGGGAAAGAUAAUAAGGAGGUCAAUGUGGCAGCUCUCCAUUACUGCAAUAUAGCUAAUUAAACAAAAGCCGGACAGUGUUAGACAUGCUUGGAAAUGCUGGGGCUACAUUUUGAAGAGCACAUUAACACUGACUUCUGCUUCCUAAUGAAAACCACUCAGCCUGCCAGCCAACCUGCCCACCCCCCAGUCUACACAUAACAAUCACACCAUACGGGAUUUGAAAGACCAAACACUCUGACACAUGCAAACACUCCUGUGGGGGAGAAAAGGAAUCCACCCAAAACCUCCUCCACAGGCUUUUUUACAAUCCCAAUGGCUACCUUGCCUAAUCCAGAACUACGAAAAUAUGACUUCAAGGACUACAAAUCCCAGAAUCCAAAACUUGUCCAAAAUCUGGCUUAACUCACUCACCAACCCUUCAUGGAUCAACCAGAACAUAUUAGGAGCAUUAAUCCUGCCAUGUUUAUUCUUCAAUGGUAUUGUAUAGACAUGCUUGGAUUGCCUAUGUAUUAGUGCACUGGAUGAUGGAUAUCAUCAUGUCUGGCUGAUGUAUGUCCCUUACGUACACCAACCAGGCAUUAUCCUUCUGAGCGUCCAAAAUCACAUAAGAUUAGGAUGUUAUCCAUUUUAAAUUGUAGGAAUCUCUUGAUAGGUCUACAAAAGAUUCCUAUAUACAAUCUUGGGGAGAUAUUGCUGCCAGUUCACAGUUGACAAUAUAGUCAGUGCUGGAAGAACCAAUGGCUUGAUUCACUGUAUGGCAGCUUCUUAUGUUCCUAGGGUCACUUUUAAAUACCACCAAGCCUUCCUGAAAACACCCCAUCUUCUUGUCUGAUUUUGGAAGUUAAGCAGGAUGGGACCUAGUUAUUCCUUCAAUGGAUGACCACAACGGAAUAUCAAGGAUUUCCAGCUAGGACAGCCCACAUGGUGCAGUGGUUUUCAGGGGGUUAAUUAGCUCCAAACCACCCUGAUUUAUUGGUGAGUCAGGCCUCUCACCAAUCCAUCCUCCGUCAGACUGCUUUAUCAUCUGGCUAAGCAGUACCAACAAACGACACCACAAUUGUAAAUCAGCUAAUCACAGCGGUUUCAAGACUUUAUUAUAUACAAACUAUAUACAACUACAAAGUCCAUUGCUCAUAGGACCCAUGCUUCCCUAGCAAGGCAAAGCAUGUCCUAUCUCUUUGCCAAUCGAUCAUCUGUAAAGCUCUUCUGCUGCCAGCAACUCCCACAUUCCAUAGCAGAAUGACAAGGAAGACUUGACCUAUUGGCUA